AUGGACCUGGGGAUAAUGCAACGUUUCUUCCAGAUGAAGGUUCUAUCCUUUCUGUAUUUUCUCAUACAUUACACAGGUAAGGAAAUGAUUCACAGAACAUGGUCUUAUAACCACACAUUUAAUAAUAGCAUUGUAUUAAUUACCUAGGUUAGUAACAAUGUUUUAUGUAUGUUAUAUUACAUUUGUGUUAUUAUUUGAUUAUGCAGUGCACCAUGUUCAUUAGCAAAUUGUAGAUACUCAGUAUCAUUAUACAGAGCGUUGUGUUCAUUAACAGUGUAUAGAUACUCUGCAUCAUUAUACAUGGCAGUGUGUUAAUUAUCGGUGUGAAAAUAUUCCGUAUCAUUAUACAGAGCAGUGUAUUGAUUAUUAAUGUAUAGUUACUCAUAGAAACAUAGAAUGUGACGGCAUUUCGCCCAUCUAGUCUGCCCAAUUUUCUAAAUACUUUCAUUAGUCCCUGGCCUUAUCUUAUAGUUAGGAUAGCCUUAUGCCUAUCCCACGCAUGCUUAAACUCCUUUACUGUGUUAACCUCUACCACUUCAGCUGGAAAGCUAUUCCAUGCAUCCACUACCCUCUCAGUAAAGUAAUACUUCCUGAUAUUAUUUUUAAACCUUUGUCCCUCUAAUUUAAGACUAUGUCCUCUUGUUGUGGUAGUUUUUCUUCUUUUAAAUAUAGUCUCCUCCUUUACUGUGUUGAUUCCCUUUAUAUAUUUAAAUGUUUCUAUCAUAUCCCCCCUGUCUCGUCUUUCCUCCAAGCUAUACAUGUUAAGAUCCUUUAACCGUUCCUGGUAAGUUUUAUAACUCAGCAUUGUUAUUGUGUGUGGGUGAUUAGUGCGUUAAUACUCUCUAUAAUUUCAAUAAAAAAUCUUUAAAAAUGUAAAUGUUAAUAUAAUCUUCCAUCUUUCUAUCUUGUAUUCAUUACACUGUAUGUAAUACUCUGUAUUACUAGACUUUGACUCUCCUCUGGUGACAUAUUAAAGCAGCCUUGAAGAGAGGAGCACCUUUAAGACUCCAUCAGGGGCCCAUUCAGCGUAUUCCAUUUAGGUGUGUACUCACUUUUGUUGCCAACAGUUUAGACAUUAAUGGCUGUGUAUUGAGUUAUUUUGAGGGGCCAGCAAAUUUACACUGUUAUACGGGCUGUCCACUUACUACUUUACAUUGUAGCAGAGUGUCAUUUCUUCAGUGUUGUCACAUUAAAAGAUAUAAUAAAAUAUUUACAAAAAUGUGAGGGGUGUACUCACUCUUGGGAGAUACUGUAUAUGUAAGGCAGGAUGCCUGGAGUUGUGGGAGGCUUAUAUCUGCUACGUCCUCCCAUCUUCCUCCUGACUUUUAAGCCUGUGUUUUUUGGAAACCGACCCACCUCUCCUUUUUUAUACUCUUUCAAUAGGUGAAUCCUCUUUUUCAGGCCUACCCGGUUCAUCGGGUUCGGCACACUACAAAUGACUUGCUACUACUAGUACAACUUAAUACUUAUUCUAUGCCUAAGCAGUUGACCCGCUACACAAAUAUAUAUAUAGUUUGUCUGAGGUGCUUCUUCCAAAAAGAGAAACAGUAAACAUAUGUAUAUUGACAUAGUACUAAAAUAUAUAUAUGCACAUGGAUCCAGCACUCACUCUCCCGGUCUUGUCCUUGCCUGGGUGAAAAUGACUUCUGCCAAAAUAUACGUUACAAGGAAGGUGCACUCACAGGACUAAAUAAAUCUGGAAGUUUUAUUGUGCAAUCAAACACCAGAAAAUGUGUCAAUGUUUGAGUCCUCUCGGUAAAAGUACUUAUUACUUCUUAGAAAGAAAGAUAUGAUUAAUUUUAACAUUGAAGCAUGCAAUACAUUUAUUGUACAUGUCUCACACAUUCUUGAAAAUGAUGAUUGUUGUCUGGUUCACUUUUCCCCAGAAUUAUUUAUACAAUACACAAAUCAUUCCCAAAUAACGUGCUAUCUCUCCAGUAACUCAUUCCUAAAAUCAAAUUUCCUUUUUUUUUCCAGUUCCAGGCACGGCAUCAUCCAUCAAAACAACCACCCCCGAUGCCAGACUCUGCCAGUGUCCAUGUGCCGUGAUUUAUCUUGGCUACUGCUUCAGAUCGCCGAUCUGCGCUCCAUGUCCAAGUGAGAUUGUGUUUUAUAUUAAAACAACUAAACCGUCUGCGUAUUAGGUUACAUUAUGAUCACGUGUUGUGGUUUGUUAUGCAGAUCAUUCCUAAAAGUGGUCAUAGUGCUGGGUUCAGGGGGUACAACAGCCAUGUCCUUAUAUCCAAACAUGCCAUUCCCACCAAUUAAUUGAUCUAAAGCCAAAGGCCAUUACCACAUCUUAUAAAGCAGUAUUAUUCUCUGUCUGUCUGAUCUCUUGCUCCAUACGGACGUUGUCCCUAAGCACUUCACACACCCCUGCUAAAGUAUCAAUGUUGGGUUGCACGUCAUUUGAUUAAAUUCCUAUCUCGAGACAAAUGCACAAACAUGCUCAUAAUCGUAUGUGCUUAUCUAUUACUUUGUUUCUGUAACCUAUCUUGCAUUGAUGCUAUAAAAACAAACAUUUCAAUAAAAAGAGAUUGACAAAAAAAAAAAAAAGGUCAAGAUGUAGGUAGAAGUGUGACUUUCCAUAUUGUUUCAAAGUUAAUGUUAAGAAAUAAAUCUACAUUAUGUAUUGAGUUCAAACAAGUAUUGAUAAACCAGAAUAGCCUUGUGGAAAGUUAUCACAAAUAACCCCAAUCAAUUUGUAAGAAUGUAUUCAAAACUCAGUAACACUAAAUAUAGAUAAACAAAUAUCAAACCAUUAAUCUAUAAACCUAAAGAUACUUCACUCAAAUAAGAUAUAGGUUGUAAACCUUAGAAAUGAAUCCACACUUUUUAGAAAUAAAUAAAUAAAUCAUACCAAUUAUUCUGAUGAAAGUGGUCAGGUUGUUGGUGGAAGGUUCAUAUAUCGAUGAUGUAAUGUGACAUCUCAGAAUGGACUGCUCUAUGAAACAUUGGUUUUCCCACAAUCACCGUAGAUUCUUUAUAUUUGAUCUAAAAUUCUAACAGGUUCUCAGGGAUUGAAUGGGAUAUAAACAAAAAUCAUUCUUCUGCUGAGGUUAAAGAUGUAAUGAUAUUCAAUUAACUCAUUUUACCUAAAAAUAGACACUUUUGAAGGAGCAAACUUGAAACAGUCAUUUGUAUUAACUGAACUUAUUUGUGAUGCUGUGCUUAAAGGACCACUAUAAUGGAUCUUAUCUGCCGUCACAUUCUAUGUUUCUAUACUAUAGGAGUUUAAGCAUGCGUGGGAUAGGCAUAAGGCUAUCCUAACUAUAAAAUAAGCCUAGGGACUAAAGAAAGUAUUUAGAAAAUUGGGCAGACUAGAUGGGCCGAAUGGUUUUUAUCUGCCGUCACAGUCUAUAGUGCAAGGAAAACAAACUCGUUUUGCUGGCACUAUAGUAUUAAUAGGUCCCACCGUCAUGGUCCCCCUCCCAUGGGCUCUAGAAUGAGGAAGGGGUUAAACACUUAUCUUUCUCCAGCGCAGGGCUCCCUUGGCGCUGGGGACUCUUCUCCUUCAUCUGCCAAAUGCGCAUGUGUGGCAAGAGCCGUGCGCGCAUUUAGUCAGUCCAUAGGAAAGCAUUUUCAUUGCUUUCCUAUGGACGCAAGCGUGUUGUCACUGUGAAAAUUUAGGAUAAACCCUAGAUGGACCUGGCACCCAGACCACUUCAUUAAGCUAAAGUGGUCUGGAUGCCUAUAGUGGUCCUAUAAAAAAUCAUAACUGACCAGUGCAGUAAGUAUACUGAAACUGGUAAAAAUCGUGGGCUGUGGAGGGCAGGAUAGAGUAUUGGAUAGACUCUCAGUUAGUGUAAAAGGUAAUGUAAGUACAAUGCACAAUGGUUGGAAUACAUUAAAAGCCGUGGGCUGUGGUGGGCAGGAUAGAGUAUUGGAUAGACUCUCAGUUAGUGUAAAAGGUAAUGUAAGUACAAUGGACAAUGGUUGGAAUACAUUAAAAGUCGUGGGUUGUGGAGGGCAGGAUAGAGUAUUGGACAGACUCUCAGUUAGUGUAAAAGGUAAUGUAAGUACAAUGCACAAUGGUUGGAAUACAUUAAAAGUCGUGGGCUGUGGAGGGCAGGAUAGAGUAUUGGAUAGGCUCUCAGUUAGUGUAAAAGGUAAUGUAAGUACAAUGCACAAUGGUUGGAAUACAUUAAAAGCCGUGGGCUGUGGUGGGCAGGAUAGAGUAUUGGACAGACUCUCAGUUAGUGUAAAAGGUAAUGUAAGUACAAUGCACAAUGGUUGGAAUACAUUAAAAGUCAUGGGCAGGAUAGAGUAUUGGAUAGGCUCUCAGUUAGUGUAAAAGGUAAUGUAAGUACAAUGGACAAUGGUUGGAAUACAUUGAAAGCCGUGGGAUGUGGAGGGCAGGAUAGAGUAUUGGAUAGGCUCUCAGUUAGUGUAAAAGGUAAUGUAAGUACAAUGCACAAUGGUUGGAAUACAUUAAAAGCUGUGGGCUAUGGUGGGCAGGAUAGAGUAUUGGACAGACUCUCAGUUAGUGUAAAAGGUAAUGUAAGUACAAUGGACAAUGGUUGGAAUACAUUGAAAGCCGUGGGCUGUGGUGGGCAGGAUAGAGUAUUGGACAGACUCUCAGUUAGUGUAAAAGGUAAUGUAAGUACAAUGGACAAUGGUUGGAAUACAUUGAAAGCCGUGGGCUGUGGAGGGCAGGAUAGAGUAUUGGACAGACUCUCAGUUAGUGUAAAAGGUAAUGUAAGUACAAUGGACAAUGGUUGGAAUACAUUAAAAGUCGUGGGCUGUGGAGGGCAGGAUAGAGUAUUGGAUAGGCUCUCAGUUAGUGUAAAAGGUAAUGUAAGUACAAUGCACAAUGGUUGGAAUACAUUAAAAGCCGUGGGCUGUGGUGGGCAGGAUAGAGUAUUGGACAGACUCUCAGUUAGUGUAAAAGGUAAUGUAAGUACAAUGCACAAUGGUUGGAAUACAUUAAAAGCCGUGGGCUGCGGUGGGCAGGAUAGAGUAUUGGACAGACUCUCAGUUAGUGUAAAAGGUAAUGUAAGUACAAUGCACAAUGGUUGGAAUACAUUAAAAGCCAUGGGCUGUGGUGGGCAGGAUAGAGUAUUGGACAGACUCUCAGUUAGUGUAAAAGGUAAUGUAAGUACAAUGGACAAUGGUUGGAAUACAUUAAAAGCCGUGGGCUAUGGAGGCCAGGAUAGAGUAUUGGACAGACUCUCAGUUAGUGUAAAAGGUAAUGUAAGUACAAUGGACAAUGGUUGGAAUACAUUAAAAGCCGAGGGCUGUGGAGGGCAGGAUAGAGUAUUGGACAGACUCUCAGUUAGUGUAAAAGGUAAUGUAAGUACAAUGCACAAUGGUUGGAAUACAUUAAAAGCCGUGGGCUGUGGUGGGCAGGAUAGAGUAUUGGACAGACUCUCAGUUAGUGUAAAAGGUAAUGUAAGUACAAUGGACAAUGGUUGGAAUACAUUAAAAGCCGUGGGCUGUGGAGGGCAGGAUAGAGUAUUGGAUAGGCUCUCAGUUAGUGUAAAAGGUAAUGUAAGUACAAUGCACAAUGGUUGGAAUACAUUGAAAGCCGUGGGCUGUGGAGGGCAGGAUAGAGUAUUGGAUAGGCUCUUAGUUAGUGUAAAAGGUAAUGUAAGUACAAUGCAGAUGAAUAUAAAAUAGAAAAUUUUCACCGGAUACAUAAACCAGAUACAACGGCUCCACAUCUCCCAAGAGAUGUAAUAGUGAGUUUUUCCUCAUUAUCAUUGAGAAAUAAUUUAAUGAAAGCCUGCCGUACCAAACCCCGAACAAAUUCUAUUUACAAAGACAUAAUUUUUUUGCAAGACUUAUCUUAUCAUACCAGGACUUGGAGGAAAUCUUUCUCUAUCGUGACGGAUUUUUUAAGAAAAGCAGAGAUCAGGUUUCAAUGGGCCUAUCCAACAUCUUUAAGAUUUACUUGGAAACAAGAAAGAAAAAUUUUUUUGGAUGCAAAUGAAGCAAAUAGUUGGUUAUCAAGUAUUAAUAAAAAAGCUUGAAGGGUCUGUUGCGGCGGAGAGGAAGAUGGAAGGAAGAGAGAAGAGAGGAGAAGAGAGAGGAGGGAGAGAGGAAGGAAUGAAAGAGGAAGAAAAUUAACUUUUUUUUUUUUUUUUUUCACUCAUAUAGAAUCACUUAAUUGUGCUUUGCACAAUUUGCUAAUUUGUUGAUGUUAUUGGGGCUUGUUUUCACUUUAAAGCUACUAGUCAAUUGAGAAUUAAGUGUAUGCACACAAGCAUUUGGAACAUAAGGAUUUAAAAGCAAAUAUGUCUAAGUAUUGAUAUCAAUUAGAUUUGAACUCAACGAGGUGGUUAAAAGAAAGUUAUUCACAUGUAUUAGUAAGUUAAGUAGAAACAGAUUUAUUUAAAGUAAAGAAUCACAGAGUAACUGAUCUAAGUAUAAAAUAAUGGAAGAAUUUUUUUUUUUUUUUUUUUAUUUUUUUUCUCUCCACUCAUAUAGAAUUACUUAAUUGUGCUUUGCACAAUUUGCUAAUUUGUUGAUGUUAAUGGGGCUUGUUUUCAUUUUAAAGCUACUAGUCAAUUGAGAAUUAAGUAUAUGCACACAAGCACUUGGAACAUAAGGAUUUAAAAGCAAAUAUGUCUAAGUAUUGAUAUUAAUUAGAUUUGAACUUAACGAGGUGGUUAAAAGAAAAUUAUUCACAUGUAUUAGUAAGUUAAGUGGAAAUAGAUUUAUUUAAAGUAAAGAAUCACAGAGUAACUGAUUUAAGUAUAAAAUAAUGGAAGAAAAAAUUUUUAUUUUUUUUUUCUCUUCUCUCUCUCUCCCUCUUGGAGAGAGAUUGCAAACUUGUAAAUAUUACUACCUCUUUCUGGAUACGCCCACUUAGUGUCUAAUUUAAAGACACAGUAAAGACUGAAUUUCUAUAUGAAAAUUUACAGUCUUUGUGAUAAAAAAGGAGGAUUUCCUCCUAUGAUUUUAAUAUUUUGUUCUAUGUGUUUGUGUAGAUAUGUUUAUGCAGCAAUAGGGAAGGGCAAUGGUUAUCGAGUGGAAAGGGAUGCAGGGAGGUUUUUGAAAAUAAUAUGAUAAAAAUGCUUACACUUAAUGUUCAGGGAUUGAAUACUAUAGCGAAAAGAAAUCUAUUGUACAAAUACCUCAGUGAAAAACAAUUGAAUUUAAUAUUCCUACAAGAAACUCACUGGAGACAAGUGGAUAAACAAAAUUGGGGGGGUAAAAGAUUUCCACUUAUAAUUCAAGCUUCCAAUAAGGAAAAAAAAAAAUGUGGAGUAGCUGUGGUAUUUGGAGAAAAGAUUAAAGUUGAAGUAAUUCAUCAAAUACAAGACACUAAAGGCAGGUAUUUAAUAAUAAUAUGCAAAAUUGACUCUAUACUUUUUACAUUAUGUAAUAUAUAUCUUCCCAAUCAUUUACCAGUUGCUUAUUUAAAAACAAUUCUGGAAAAAGUAGAUGAAGUUAAAGUGGGAAAGUUAAUAGUGGCGGGGGAUUUCAAUGCUGUACUAGACCCUCAGAUAGAUAAAAAAUUAAUGAAAGGAAAUAUUUUAAAUCAGAUGGUUAUAAAACAAGCAAAAGCCUUAAAAAAAAUUAAAGAUGAAUAUAAUCUAUUUGAUAUUUGGAGAAUUUUUAAUCCUAAUGAGAGAGACUAUACGCAUUUUUCUAAAGUGCAUUUUUCCUAUUCAAGAUUAGACAUGAUUUGGGUCGACCCAAGUAUUAUUGAUAUGACCAAAAAAACAAAGAUUGACGAGAUAGUAUGGACAGAUCAUGAUGGAGUUUUUUGUGAAAUGAUUUUUAGUACAUUUAAAAGAGAAGCUUAUACUUGGCGGUUAAGAGAUAAUUUGCUUUGUUGUGAAUCAAAAAAAACUCAUAUAAGAGAUAAUAUAAAAAAUUAUUUUAAAGAAAAUAUCUCAGAAAAUAUUGAUUCAUCUAUUUUGUGGUGUGCCUUUAAGGCCGUUAUAAGAGGUCAUAUUAUCAAGUUACAAAGCCAACUUGAUAAAAAUAAUACUUUGGCAUUUUUACAUACAAAAUUAAGAGAUUUGACUAAUAUCAAUAAACAAUCUCCAUCUUCUGAAAUUUAUGAAAAAAUAUUAGAACUUAAAGAAAAAAUAAAGCAAAAAUUAAUGGACACGAUAGCUAAAAAUAUGGUUAGACUAAAAUUUAAAUAUUAUUCCAAAGGCAAUCGAGCUGAAAAGAUGCUAUCCCAAAAACUUAGAAAACAAAAAGUACAAAAUAAGGUAGACAAAAUAAUACAGAACGGAAAAAUAGCACUAACCCCCAGAGAGAUUGGAAAGUGUUUUAAUGAAUACUAUUCCAAUCUAUACAAUAUUCCUCAGAUUAAUACAGAUGAGGAUAUUAAAAACUAUUUAAAUAAUAUAAAGAAGCCUCAAUUAACUUCUAUUGAAAAUGAUUUCUUAAAUAAACCUAUAACUAUGGAGGAGACUAUGAAAGCAAUAAAUGAUUUAGAAAAAUCUAAAACACCAGGCCCGGAUGGGUUUAGCAACCUAUUUUAUAAAACAUUUAAAGAUUUAAUAUGUCCACAUUUGACCUCUGCUUUUAACAUAGCGGCAAACAGAGGAUUUUUACCAGCAGAGAUGCUAAAAGCUAAUAUCUUGCCUAUUCUAAAAAAUGAUAAAAACCCCACUGAUAUCAAAAACUACCGUCCGAUAUCUUUAAUAGAUGUUGACACUAAGUUAUACGCUUCGGUUUUGGCUGCUAGAAUAAAAAAACUUCUUCCACUAAUCAUCCAUAAAGAUCAAAUAGGAUAUGUUCCAGGUAGAAAUUCCUAUACAAGUAUAAGGAAAAUUAUUAAUAUCUUGGAUGAUGCAAAUAGAUAUGAUGUUCCAGUUCUGACUCUGUCGAUUGAUGCUGAAAAAGCAUUCGACAGAGUCAGCUGGAAAUAUUUAGAAGCCGUUUUACAACAUUAUGGAUUGGAAGGUUGGAUUAAGAAAGCUAUAAUGGCACUAUAUGUAAAUCCUGUUGCACGAACUAUUGGACCUAAUAUAGUCGCCCCAUGGUUCCAACUUAGAAAUGGUACCCGACAGGGUUGUCCCCUCUCACCAUUGCUCUACUUGCUGACUAUUGAGCCAUUGGCUGAGAAUAUUAGGAAUAAUAAAGAGAUCCAUGGUUAUAAAAUAAUGGAUGAGGAUCAAAAAAUUAGCUUAUAUGCUGAUGACAUUUUAAUUACUCUUACAAACCCUAAAAAUUCUUUGGAACGCAUAAUGCAAGAAAUAGAGCGAUAUAGCUUCAUAUCAAAUUAUAAGUUAAAUAUAAAUAAAUCCUUGAUACUAGAUGUUAACCUAAGUAAAAGGAUACAACGAGAGAUUAAAAACAAAUAUGAUUUUAUUUGGGUUAAAGAAAGUAUGGAUUACUUAGGAAUUAAAAUAACUAGAGAGACAAAUAAGAUUAUGGAAGUAAAUUUCCUAACAUUAUUAUUAGAUCUCAAUAAAUGGUUAAAAGAUCGCAGAAACCUAGAGAUUACUUUUUUGGGGCGAAUAAAUGUUAUCAAUUCAUAUGUUAUACCAAAGUGGAAUUAUAUGUUUCAAAUGUUACCUUUACAUAUCCCAAUCCAUUGGCUUCAAUUAAUACAAAGAAGUUUUACUCAAUACAUCUGGAAAGGCAAGAAGCCGAGAUUGAAACAGUCAAUAUUAGCGCAGAAAAUAUAUAAAGGUGGACUUGAUUAUCCACUCAUAAUGAAUAACUUUAAAGCAGCUAUUACCCUACAUGUCUAUAGAAUGCAAAUGAAAGAAAAUAAAGAUGAGGGAUGGUAUAAAAUGGAAUUGAAGGCAGGAGAAGUUUCUAGCUUAGAUUGUUUAAUCUGGAAUAUAAAUAAAAUGCCAAAGAAAAAAGAAUAUGCCAGUAUUAUUCUAACUCAAUUACUGGAAAAUUGGUUAAAAAUUAAAAAAGUAAUGAAUAUAGAAAAAAAAGUUCCAAGUUAUUUAGAGUUAGAUAUUGUAGAAAAACAAGUGGAAGACUUAAACUUAAAUAAUUGGAAAAAAGUAGGGAUAACGACUCUGGACCAAUUAUUGACAGAAGGAUUAAUUAAAACCUUUGCUCAAAUAACAAAGAUACACAAUCUCCCUCCUAGAGAGGUGUUUAAUUUUUUAAGACUUAAAAGCUAUAUAAAUACACAUCUAAUAAUACCAAAAUCUAAUUUAAGCAAUUCGAUAGAUUUAUUAUUUACAUCAAAAAAAGUUAAUAAACCACUUUCUAAAGCUCUAAUACUAAUUAAAUCAAUAGCUGAAGACACAAAUCCUACUGCUAUACAGGCUUGGAAACAAGACUUGAAUAUCGAUAUAAAUCUGAAUCAAUGGGGUUCUUCAAUGAUGGAUGUUAAGAAGAAUAUACAUUCAUUAAAUUUAUUAGAAACGCACUUUAAAGUUUUAAAUAGGUGGUACUUAGUACCAGCUAAAUUGAAUAAAAUUUACCCUCUAGUAAAUCCUAUCUGUUGGAGAUGCAAUAGUAUUAGAGGCAAUUUUAGACAUAUUUGGUGGGAUUGCUAUAAAUUAAAAAAUCUCUGGUUGAAAAUGCAGCAUUUUAUAUCUAACAAUUUAAAACUCGAGUUGAUUAUCUCUCCAGAGGUAGUUCUACUUCAUCUAAAUUGGCCUCAUAUGACAUAUGAAUUAAAAGCAAUCCUUAUACAUCUGUUUUUAGCGGCUAAAAUAGUAAUUGCGAGAUGGUGGAAAAGGGAUUUAGAAGUCCCCUGGAAGAAAGUUAAAACUCAACUCGAGUUUCAGAUUAGAAUGGAGCUGAUGCUAAGUAAACAAAGACUAAGCAAUAAGAUUUCUGUUUGGUUAAAGUGUAUUGAGAUGAUUGAUGUAUAAAAUAGUGUCGUUCAAUUAACAGUAGAACAAUUCCAUGAACACUGCAAAUAAUUAUGAGAUUUAUCUAAAUGAUAUUACCACUCUAUUAUGGAAGUCUUUCUGAUGUAUUUUUCUUCUCCCUCCCCUAUUUUGCUGCUGUGUUGUUUGUUUGUAUUACAAAUGUAUAUUUGUAUGAUAUUGGUAUUUGUAUGAUAUUUGUAUUUAAUGAGAUUUAAAAGAAAAAAAUUCAAAAUAAAGAUUAAAUAUUCAAAAAAAAAAAAAAAAGCCGUGGGCUGUGGAGGGCAGGAUAGAGUAUUGGACAGACUCUCAGUUAGUGUAAAAGGUAAUGUAAGUACAAUGCACAAUGGUUGGAAUACCUUAAAAGCCGUGGGCUGUGGUGGGCAGGAUAGAGUAUUGGACAGACUCUCAGUUAGUGUAAAAGGUAAUGUAAGUACAAUGGACAAUGGUUGGAAUACAUUGAAAGCCGUGGGCUGUGGAGGGCAGUAUAGAGUAUUGGACAAACUCUCAGUUAGUGUAAAAGGUAAUGUAAGUACAAUGCACAAUGGUUGGAAUACAGUAAAAGCCGUGGGCUGUGGAGGACAGGAUAGAUUAUUGGACAGACUCUCAGUUAGUGUAAAAGGUAAUGUAAGUACAAUGCACAAUGGUUGGAAUACAUUAAAAGCCGUGGGCUGUGGAGGGCAGGAUAGAGUAUUAGAUAGGCUCUCAGUUAGUGUAAAAGGUAAUGUAAGUACAAUGCACAAUGGUUGGAAUACAUUAAAAGCCGUGGUUGGAUAUUCGUUUUCAGUUCAGCUAUUUUGUCCUAAAUUCAUUUGUGUUUUAAUUCACCACAGUUUUAAAAUUUGUAAAUAAGCCUAACAGUCCUUUUUCUAUAUUUAAUCUAAUUACUUAUUGGUAAACACACAGUAAUUGCACUGCACCAUUAAGAUACAUUUUAUUACAAACUGCCAUUUGUCUGUGUAUGGGUCGGUGUAGUGAGCGUUCCAAUUUCAGAAUUCUAAGCUUAAACACAGCUGAAGCAGUUUGUGAUUCCCAAUUCCAGCUGUGACACCAUAAAAUGGGAUUAUUGAUGAUUGAUAGCUAGGAGACAUUCUUUAAAUCUUGAUCAUAUCCACAAAUCAAAUAAUACAUGACCAAUUGAGGAAGAAAAAGGAGGAGCGAUAAAGCCAAUCUAUAAUUCUAUGUUAGCAGGGCCGGUGCAAGGAUUUUUGCCGCCCUAGGCAAAAGUAAAGUUUGCCGCCCCCUCCCCCCCGUGACAUCACAAUGCCCCACCCAUAUGACCUGCCAUGUUAACUAACGCUAGUGCUGCAGUGCCGCUGUGUUUACAUUAAAAGGCCUGCAGGGACAGGCUAUAGACACCAGGACCACUACAUUAAGGUGCAGUGGUUCUGGGGACUAUAGUGUUUCUUUAAUGUGAGGUAAAUUAGAGAUUAGUGCCACGAAUAAUAUACUAGAUUACCUACUUACAAGCAGAUGAGGAUGAUGAUGGGCUCUAGCUGCAGUCUGGCUCCACUGGUCUGGUGUAUAACAGGAUCUCUGGAGGCUGUUUGUAACUGUGGUCACAAAAAUCAAUGUUCUGGGAGAACGGGAAGCAGCUCCAUUUUUUUGGGGGCCCUUUACACAGCUCAAGGUCUGGGUCCCAGGGUCCACCUUCGUGUUCCACCAAUGAGUUUGUUCACAGGGGGUGGAGUGUGUAGGGGAUGUCCUGAUUUGUGUGUAAGGAAUGCAUUGUGUGAACUUUGUUUGUAUGUGUAAGGGCUGCAAGGUGUGUUUCUGUGUAUGUAAGGGAUGAAGUGUGUGAGUCUGUAAGGGGUGCUUUGAGUGUGUUUAAGGGGUGCAUUGAGUGUGUGUAAGGAAUGCAUUGUGUGUUUCUGUGUGUGUAAGGGAUGCAUUGUGUGUAAGGGUUGCAUUGCGUGUGUGUGUGUAAUGCAUUGUGUGUUUUUCUGUGUGCAAGGGGUUCAUUGUCUUUGUGUGUAAGGGGUGCAUUGUGUGUGAUUGUGUGUGUGUGUGUGAUGGAUGUCAAUCUCUCCCCCCUCCCUUGUCACUCUCUUCUCCCCCCCUCCCUUGUUACUCUCAUUCCCCCUCCCUCCCCUGUCACUCCCCCCUCCCUGUCAAUUUCUCUCUCCCCGUCAAUUCCCCUCCCUGUCAAUGUCUCCCCCCUCCCUGUUAGUUCCCCCCUGUUAGUUUCUUCCCCCCACCUCCCUGUUAGUUUCUUUCCCCCCACCUCCCUGUUAGUUUCUUUCUCCCCCCUCCCGUCAGUUUAUUUCUUCCCCCCUCCCCUCCCUGUUUCUUUCUUCCCCCUCCCUGUUUCUUUCUUCCCCCUCCUUCCCUGUUUCCUUCUCCCCCCUCCCUCCCUACCUGUUUCCUUCUCCCCCCUCCCUCCCUCUUUCUUCCCCCUCCCUCCCUGUUUCUUUCCCUCCCUCCCUGUUUCCUUCUCCCCCCUCCCUCCCUCUCUGUUUCUUUCUUCCCCCUCCCUCCCUGUUUCUUUCUUUCCCCUCCCCUCCCUGUUUCCUUCUUCCCCCUCCCCUCCCUGUUUCCUUCUUUCCCCCCUCCCUCUUUCUUCCCCCCUCCCUCCUGUUUCUCCCCCCUCCUUCCCCUCCUCCAUGUUUCCUUCUCCCCCCUCCCUCCCUGUUUCUUUCUCCCCCUCCCUCCCUGUUUCUUUCUCCCCCUCUCUCCCUCCCUGUUUCUUUCUCCUCCUCUCUCCCUCCCUGUUUCUUUCUCCUCCUCUCUCCCUCCCUGUUUCUUUCUCCUCCUCUCUCCCUCCCUGUUUCUUUCUCCCCCUCUCUCCCUCCCUGUUUCUUUCUCCUCCUCUCUCCCUCCCUCUGUUUCUUUCUUCUCUCCUCCUCUCCCUCCCUCUCUGUUCUCUUUUUUUUCCUCUCCCUCUCUGUUUCUUCCUCCCUCCCUCUCUGUUUCUUUCUUCUCCCCUCCCCCCUACCUGUGUAGUAGCGUGGCCGAGCCUAGUAUAGUCCGCGGGUACAGGGAGCUGUUGUUUCCUGUACCCGGCCGGACUAACAGGAAGUGAACACUCAGUGUGCACUUCCUGUUAGUCCGGCCGGGUACAGGAGACAGCUGCUCUCUGUACCCUCGGACUAUCAAUGCUGCCGGGCUCGGCCACGCUACAGCAAAGGAAGCUGACAGGAGGGAGCGCUGAACGCUGAGCGCUCCCUCCUGUCAGCCUCUCCUCAGGUUGCGCCCGGGCGGUGCGGUCCGCCCUCAUGGACGCACCGCCCGGGCAAAGCUGCAGCCGCCUGAGGCUCUCUACAGAGCGCUCGGGCGGCUGCAGCAUGGGGGGGCCGGCGCUCCUGGCGGCGCCCCUUCCCAAGGGGCGCCCUAGGCGGCUGCCUAGUCCGCCUUACAGGUAGCGCCGGCCCUGUAUGUUAGUAUAUUCUUUUCUGCUAAGGUUAUGCUAUUUGUAUGUAUUCGGUUUAUUAGUGUCUGACAUGUGCUGAUUAAACAUUACUAAGAUGUAUGUGUGGACAACACACGGAUAUUGUAAAAUGCUGUGUCUGGUCAUGAGAUAAAUCAUUUUUUCAGAAUUACAAGUUUCGAUUUCAGUAUCUUCCUUGCUUAUUUGUAAAGUGUCUAUUGUAAUUUUUGUUUGUGUUAAAAUCCUUAUUUUGGGUUUUACACAGAUCGACAGUAAUGCACAAUUACAAUUUGGUAACAUUGACAAGUCUAGGCGUGCUUUAACAGCGAUCAGUCCAGGCUCUUAACCACAAGUGUUGGAUCACAGUAACAUUAUACUUCCAGAUACAAUCUUUCAUGUGUUUGUAGCCUGCAGUUCCCUAUUAAACUUGUCUUUGUAGGCAAUAUGGCAGAACAAAUGUGUGUUAUUCGCUAGUGUAGUUGCAAAGUUACAGGUGCUAUGUAACUAGUACUACAUGUUACCAGGACCUCAUGAUAUAUACCUACUCUUCAGGUAUUCUGCCAUCUGUCCCUGUCCCUAGUAUUCUAGAUCCUCGACUCAUCCAACAUCUGUUAUACGUCUGAAAAAAUAAAAUGUAGUAAAAAAAGUGGUAAAAAGGCAUUCAAGGUGAAUAUAAUAAAAAAUGGGAAAAAUUAUAUAUAAAUGCACACCACCUUCAUAUAUAUUAUUAGUAGUACCACAUUAUGUGUGGGAAAAGUGAUAUGCCGCUGCACACUUAAGUGUUGUGAUUCCAGACACAAACACACUCGUGGAGAAAUUUCAAAAGAAUAGAAUAAGUGGAGCGCAAAAUGGCAGAGAAACCUGCCUAUAGACCUUAUGUGAAGAAUUUUUUUAUUUUUUUUUAAAUGUAUACCUACGUUGUAGUAGAUUCUCAAUGGCAUGCAAAGAGAAAAUACAAUAAUAAUCGUGCAGUAUAUCCAAAUAUUGAUAAAAGUAAACAAUUUUAAUAACAAAAAAAAGCAUACGAAAUGGUUAAAUACUGAUUACAGUGUGUAAGUUGGUGAGAUUUAUGCGGGCAGAGAGGCUCCGUUACUCACAAGCGUUCUGUGUCAAAUAUCCAGACAAUUGCAGCAGUCUGCAGAAGAAGUCCCAGAAGUCCUACCGGAUUGAACAAACAUGUGGUUCUGGCUCUGUCCGUGUCCCUCAGCUGUGGUCCCAAUGAGCCGAUAAGCCGGGGAAACUUUAGUCCGGUCACGGGGUCCAGCCUCUAACAGAUAAACAGGGAAUCACCUUUUCAUCUGAAUGCAGUGAUAUAUUGAUGUUUAAAACAAUUUAGAAAAAAAUAACCAUACAGUGGUGUAUAGUACAAACAGCUUUGGCAAUAUAUAUAUCUAAUCAAUAAAAAAACAAUACAGAAUCAAUAAAAAUCAAUAAAAAUUAAAAUUCAACGUUAAGCAGGAAAUACAAAUAUUAAACCCACAAAAUUACAAGAUAGUGCAAUAGCAUUUAUAGUUAAAGGGGAGAAAAAAAUAAUAAAUGUAAAAAAUCUGUUGUGAAAGACACUGAAAAUAUGUAGCACCAAGCUUUCUAAAUAUGUUUUAUACAAUAGUAUAUUGUGGCAUAGAAACCAUUUAUCAAUGUAGCGUAUGAAGAAUAGGAAAAAGCAGAUAAAGUGCAACCGUAUAUAUAUAUCUCGAAAUUGAAUAGGAGCAACGGAGAUGCAAUGAAUAUAUGGUACAAAUAAUCACAAGAUGUUACAUUCAGGAUGUAAAAUAUGAAAAAAAAUCAUUAUAAAGAAUAGCUAUAAAAAAUGGCACAACUCAAAAUCUUUAUUCAUGCCAUUUGGAAUCAAAGUGUCAUUGUAUUCUUUUGUUAUACGUCUACCAUGACAACGUUGUGAGGCUCUACUCAUUGCAUGUGGCUUCUGUUUGGUCUUCCCAUACCCAGUUAUGUGGUGGCCGGACAGCUAUGGUUAAAUAGUCACCACACUAAAAUAGCAAAAUAAAUAAACAAAAUUCCUAUGGGAGCCAAGGGACACUAGAUCCCACCCUUAUGAUUAUUAUUAUUAUUAUUAUUAUUAUUUUAGGGCCACCACCCAGUGUCCAUGGGUGUGUGCCCCCCAUUUAUUAUUAAUAUUAUUAUUAUUUUAGGGCCACCACCCAGCGUCUAUGGGUGCUCCAAUGGACAAGUCCCAGUACCAAAUAGGACCAAACACUGAGUUACAAAAAAAAAUAAAUAGCUUGACAAAGGCCCUAAGGGGUUUGAACGUUGCUUUUUGGUCCUGGAUUCUAAAUAAAUUGCCUUCACUUUGGAAUUCAUUGGAGUGCCUGGAUUUAUCUUUUAUUUUUAAAAUCUGGUGUUUAGUGAAUCACCUAGGGCCGGAUUAACAUAGGGGCUGAUGGAGCUGCAGCUCCAGGCCCAAGCCCAUGAAAUAGGCCCAUAAAAAAAAAACAUUUUUUUAAACUUUUUUUUCUUUUUUUACACACUACUCUUAGGUUUGCAACCUGCCUGGUAUUUUAUUUAUUUUUUUGAGGCUUGCUGGCCGUGCCUGUAUUGCAGUAAUACCGGCAAUACAAAUGCAGAUAUUUUUCUCAGAAUAAACAGAGAUUACUCUGCAAUACCAGCACCAGCCAGUAGGGGUCACUGUGUGUGGAGAGAGGCAGGGAUAGGAAGUUACAGCAUAUCCCUCCCUGCCUCUUUGUACUCACUGAUCCACAGGGGAGCAGCUACACAACACAGAGAGUCCAGACAGCAGCUCACAGCCUGCAGAGAUAGCCUACAGCUCAGGUAAGUGAAGAAUGGGUGGAAAGGCAGCAGGGAGAUAUGGGGACACUGAGAGACUAGGGGACACAUGAGGACACUGGGAAACAUGGGGACACUGGGAAACAUGGGGACACUGAGACACUAGACAUGGGGACACUGGGGACAUGGGGACACUGAGACACUAGAAAUGGGGACGCUGAGACACAUGGAGACAUGGGGACGCUGAGACACAUGGGGACACUGUGAGACAUAGGGACAUUGGGAGACACAUUGUGACAUGGAGACACUAGGCACACAGUGUUUACAUGUCUCCCAAUGUCCCCGUGUCUCCCAGCCAGUGUCUCUAGUGUCUCAGUGUCCCCUAGUCUCCCAGUGUCUGUGUCCCCAUGUCUCUCAGUGUACCCAUGUCUCUUUGUCUCCCAGCCAGUGUCUCAGUGUCCCCAUGUCUCCCAGUGUCUGUGUUCCCAUGUCUCUCAGUGUACCCAGUGUCCCCAUGUCUCCCAGUGUCCCCAAAUGUCUCAGUGUCCCCAUGUCUAUGUCCACAAGUGCCCCAUGUAUCCUAGUGUCCCAAGUGUCUUUGUCCCCAUGCCUCCCAGCCAGUGUUUCUAGUGUCUCAGUGUCCCCAUGUCUCCCAGUGUACCCUAGUGCCCCAGUGUCUGUGUUCCAUGUCUCUCAGUGACCCCAGGUGUCUUAGUGUCGCCAAAUUUCUCAGUGUCCCCAUGUCUCCCAGUGUCUGUCUGUUUGUCUCUGUGUCCCUAGUGUCUGUGUCCCCCUUUCUUCCAGUGUCUCCAUGUCUGGAUCCACAAGUGCCCCCAUGUCUCCCAGUGUCCCCAAGUGUCUUAGUGUCACUGGAUCGCUCAGUGUUCCCAUGUCUCACUGUGUCCCCAUGUCUCUCAGUGUCCCCAAGUAUCCCAGUGACACAGGGCACACUGAGACAUUGCGACACUGCGGGAAAUGGGGACACAGACACUAGGAGACUAGGGGACUGGGCGACAUGGGGACACUGACACUGUGAUACAUAGGGACACUGAUGCCAGGUUGGCCUUCCAAUCAUUUUUUGGGCAUUUUUUGGGGGCAUGUUUGCCCAUUUUGGCUGUUCUGGCCACGUGAUUCACAUCAGUGGCCCACCCUUUUACCCCGCCCAUUGACUUCCUGCUUCAAUGGACACUGCUGUUAGGGGGUAUAGAUUAACUUGAAAGAUAAAAGCAUAAAUUAGAGAGAGAUUAGCAUAGAGUGUGUGUUUUCUUAUAGCUGCAUCCUUUGAGUUUCCCUCCAACACCAUCGCCAUCAGAUACAGGACGCUUGAGAGGUAUGACUGCAUUCAUGUUUUUGGUCGAUAAGAUUCUGUAAUCAGGCCCAUCAUAAUUGUCAGCACUAGGCCCACUGGGCUCUUAAUCUGGCCCUGGAAUCACCCUAUAUAUUUUUUGUACUAUGGUACAGAUAUGUGGUGUGAUUAAGUGUCAGACAUGUUUUUGAUUAUGUAAAAUGUGUAGCGUUUAUGCUGAUGUUAUAUAAUGUAUAUAAUUAACCCCUUAAGGACCGGACUGUUUUUGCGAUGUUGUACAUUUGCGACCAGGCCUCUUUUUGUGGUGUUUGUGUUUAGCUGUAAUUUUCCGCACUCUCAUUUACUGUUCCCAUACAAAUUAUAUAUUGUUUUUUUUCAGGACAAAAGAGGCUUUCUUUACAUAUCAUUAUUUAUAUAAUCUCAUGUAAUUUAAUUUAAAAUAAAUAAAAAAAUAUGGUGUAAAAUUGAAAAAAAUACAUGUUUUUUUACUUGAAAAAUCAUUUACUCAUCUACAAAAGCAAAUGAAAAAACUGCUUAAUAGAUUCAAAAUUUUGUCCUGAGUUUAAAAAUACCCAGUGUUUACAUGCUUUUUUUUGCAAGUUAUAGGCCUAUAGGUACAAGUAGGAUAGUGCGGUUUCAAAACAAAUUAUUUAAAUUUAUCAAUAGUGACAUUGUAACACUAUAAAUCUCUGAAUAACACCCCACAUGUAUGUCCAGUCUUUUUUAGUAGCCACUUGUCGAAAACACUGGCCAAAAUUAGCGGUCAUAUUUGUUUGUGUGUAAAAAAAGUGAAAAACUAAAUUGAAUGCUAAUUCUGCCCAGUAUUUGUGACUAAGUGGCUACUAAAAAAGACUGGACAUACCCCAUUUGCAAUACUUUGGGUUGUCUUCUUUUGCAAAUGGUAUGCCAUCAUGGGGGUAAUUCUCAUACCUGGGCUACCAUACGCUCUCAAAGGCAACGUAACCAACGUAACCAACCUGGCCUUUUUCAAUAUAAAAAUAUUUGAUCACUAUAUUUGACCCUGUAACUUUCAAAAACGCUAUCAAAUCUGUACAUGUAACUUUCUAUGACACCCUAAAACCUUUGGAUGGGGGUUACUGUUAUACUCGGGAGACUUUGCUAAACACAAAUAUUAGUGUUUCAAAACAGGAAAACGUAUCACAACAAUUAUAUCAUCAGUAAAAGUGCUGUUUGUGUGUGAAAAAUGAAAAAAAAAAGUAACUUUCACUGAAAAUAUAAUCACUGUGAUAUGUUUUACUGUUUUGAAUCACUAAUAUUUGUGUUCAGCGAAGUCUCCCGAGUAAAACAGUACCACCCAUGUACAGGUUUUAGGGUGUCAUAAAAAGUUACAGGGUAGAAUAUAGUGCUAGCAAAUUAAAUUAUCUGGACUUUCGGCCUGGGUUGGCAGGCAGGUCCCUCAAAUUGCAAUCAAUAAAAUUACUUAAUUAUGUAAAAAUAUUACAUAAAUACGCACGUAGAAUUUAAAUAUAUAUGCAUAUAUAUAUAUAUAUAUAUAUAUAUAUAUAUGAAGUCUACGUGUAUAUUUAUAUAAUUAUUUAUGGAAUUUUGUAUAUGGACAUAUGUAUAUUUAGUAUUAUUUUUAUUUAUUUAUAUAUACAUAGAUAUAUAUAUAUAUACAAUUUUAUUGUAGGUGUAUUUUGAUAUAAAACAAAAUAUGUGCACAGUAUGGAGGUAAGUGAAUAUUGCAGCUCAAAAACACCUAUGAAGUGGUAUCCCCUACACCACUUAAAAACACAUAAUUAUACAUACAUAUAAAAGGUGGAGCUUUAAAACUGAAAUACAGCAGAUGUUCUGCAAAAUAAAAUUGGUACAGAAAAUAGUGCAAUAUGUCUUUAAAACAUUUUAUUUAAAGGAAUAAGAGAAUAGUUGAACUCACAAGCCUGGAGUCAUACCCUCAUAUGACUCGAGUGGUAUUUGUCCCUGGACCAUUAGGGGUUGUCCAAACCCUUCUUGCCCAGCAUUCUUGGCGGUUUUUCUUCUAUCCCUCGGCUGGCUCCCAAAUAUAGAAAUGCCAGAUAUAAAAAGAUCCUUAAAAAAUAGCUUUAUUUCUCCAAGUAUAAAAACAAAGUAUCAAAAACAAUAUGUUGAGAUCAGGCUGUCAUCACACUCACGACCCCGCUCCUAAGCUGAAUACUCUACUACCUUUUCUUACUAACUAUCUCGCACAUGUUAUAUGCAAAUAGUAUAUGCAAAGGUUUUAUGCAAUUGUUACAAGCAAAUGUUUUCUACAACUGUGAUAAGCUGAUGUCCUAUGCAUGUGUAGAGUAUCCAUAUCCAUACUUAUUCCGGUCCAGACAACAGGUAGCCGCACAACCAAUAUUUACACCUAUACAAGUGUGGAUGGGAUAAACUAACUGUGCUAACCAAUAGCAUCUACAUAAGUGACUACGAUAACGAUUCAACUAGCGUGUAACUCAACACAUAGAUCUAACCACACUAAUACAGCUCAUCUAGUACUGUCACACAUACAUAGUUUCUACUUGUUUCAUUUACCUUAACAAGGGCACUACAAUUGUUUAGUUAUAUUGGAUAAAAAACACAAAAUAUGUGCGACUCUUCAUGCCACUGUCUAACAUGUAUAAAUCUUGCAAUACGCCGUUGUGGCGUUUGUUGGUAUCUUGUAACCACCUGCACAACAAAAAUAAAGAAUUUAUAAAAAAAAAAAACCAAUAUGUUGGUGCCAGAUAUUUCUGGAUAGACUUAAUAGUCCCAAAUAAAGUCCAAAAUGUGUUUCGCCUUAUUAAAAGGCUUCCUCAGUUGGCUGUCGUGUGUCUCCUCUGUUGCUGCAUUCCAACACUCUCACUCCUCAUUCCACUUCCGUGUGUGUUAUUAGAAUCGAGCUUUAUUGUUACACGGCAAAUCUAACAUAUACAGUGUAUUUCAGAAGAUAUGUUUUAGGGACGAUUUGACGUUGUCAUAGCAUCCAAAAUAAAAGAGAUAUGCACUUGUUUACUAAAAGGUGUAUUACCUUAAGCAUAUAUAAAAAUAAAAUGUAAAAAUGUGUCACCUAUAUGUAUUCAAAAUUUUAAAAGUCCUGUCAUUUCCAUCUCAAACCAUUGCGCGCAUCCGCCCCCUACUUAAUGCCAGAUGCGACUAAGGUGUUGGUCCAUUCCACUGUCCUUUCUCGCCUUGAUUACUGUAAUCCGCUUCUCAGUGGUCUUACGAGCUCCCAACUUGCGCCGUUACAGUCCAUAAUUCCUAUAAAAUAUAGAGCUCAAUUUAAAAUUCUGGUUCUUUCUUUCAAAUCUCUACAUAAUGCUGCUCCCACCUAUCUAUCCUCCCUUAUACACAAGUAUGUCCCGUCUAGGCCCUUACGAUCUGCUGAAGACUUACGUCUAUCUUCUGUCCGUACUCCCACCUCUGAUGCCCGCCUUCAGGAUUUCUCGAGGGCUGCACCUGUAACGGACCGUUUCGCACACAAGGGGUAAAAACAGUUUAGGCGAUCGUCCCCCUUUCCAGAGAUACAGGCACAGCUACUGCAGAACCCCAAACUCCCAAACAGGAUACCAAGCAGCACUCCAAACUCCCGAACUGGAACCUCACGAAUAGCUGCUAGCAGCUGAACAGGAAAAGUACCCAAGCAGCUUACACUCCUGGCAAUCAGUCUCUAACAGCAUUGAGUAAAUCCCCCCAAGAACGAGACAAAGCUCCGUGUUGAGGGUCAAGCAGUGAACUGACUGGACUGGCACAUACAGCCUCUUUUAUUCCCAAUCCACAAACUUAGUACUGCCCACAGGGUUUUACAGAACAACCAAUAACACGUACAAUACACUCAGACACUCCCACACAAAAUCCUCCCCUCUGCCUGUGAUACAAUUACCUUACACAAUGGGUAAUCUAAUUAUGACAGACAGAGAAAUACAGUUUCAUAAAACACAUCACAGGGACCCCAAAACAUGCAAUAACCCCCCUGGGUGAACCACAUAUCCAAAAUUCACCCAGAUCUGUUCAGUACUUCGAAAGAUACAGUUUAAUGCAGGUUCUGCAGAACAUAUACAGGCUAAAUGAAAAACAAUCACUGUAUAAUGUGUCCCCUGCUGUAUAGUCCAAAACCACUGCACGAUGUCUCUGUGCACCAAAUACUGGCGAGAUGGCACCGUGUUGAAAAGUCCAAACAGUGUCUGUGAGUUAAAAUGGCCACCAUCCAUUGUUCUCACCAUGUGCUUCAUCCAUUGUUCUCACCAUGUGCCUCUGAUACAGGAAAUGGUGGCCACCCAGUAACUCCAUUAUGUCCCCAGGUGGUUCUUAAACGGCCAGCAGCAGCACAACACAAAUCCAUUAUACCCAAAUCAUGUAUUUAAAGGGCCAUACAUCCCAGGGGCCAUAGUCACAUGGCAGGAGGCUGGCAAUCAGUCUUCUCCAAUGCCCAGUGGCGAGGUCGGUUUCGCCACAGCACCGUUCCUGUGGAACUCGCUUCCCUCCUCCGUUAGAUGCUCACCCAGUCUCCACUCCUUCAAAAAAUCGUUAAAAAUCCACUUCUUCAUAAAAGCGUAUCAAUUAAACUGUUAAUAGCUCCUAACUGAUUCCUCUUCUGCAACUGUUACUAGUCUAAUACUAUCCUUACCUUUUUGUUUCAUUUUACCCCACUCCCUGUAGCAUGUAAGCUCAUGAGCAGGGCCCUCAACCCCUCUGUUCCUGUGUGUCCAACUUGUCUGGUUACAACUACAUGUCUGUUCGUCCACCCAUUGUAAAGCGCUACGGAAUUUGACGGCGCUCUAUAGAUAUCAUAAUAAUAAUAAUAAAAGGGUAUUUACACAAUUUAUAAGAGUUACUUUACUGGACAGUACAGUAUGUGAAGUUAAAACAAUGGUUAAACACAUAUUAAAAUAAAAAUCACAUGAUGUAAUUUAGAAUGAACCAAAUAUAAAAACCUUAUCAAUUCAUAAAAUGGCACAAUUCAAAAUCAUUAUUUAACCCGUGUGGUGUCAUGGUAUUAAAUUUAAAAAUUAAUUUCAUUUCCUCUCUUUCUAUUUUUUUAAUAUAGUCUCCUCCUCUCCAAUCUUUCUUCACAAGUUUUAUAGCACUAAAGAACAUUCCUUCUGGGUUUUUUUGGUGUAUAUUUCUAAAAUGGUUAGAGACACUGUGUGAUUCCACACCAUUUUCUUAUGUGUUCUGCCACCCUAAUAUUAAGGUUUCGAAUUGUGCGACCCACAUAUAGAAGGUUGCACGGACAUUUAAAAAAAUAAAUUACUCCUUUAGAGUGGCAAGUUAGAUGAUCUUUUAUUGAAAACGUUUGAUUUAUAAGGGGUUUUAGAUCAGUUAUAUGUCUUUUUUUUUUAAAUGCUAUACAUUGUCCACAUCCGUAGAAGCCUUUAUUCAUUGUGAUAUUUCUUUAUUACUACUUUGUACUAGAGUAUUUCUCAAACCUGGGCAAGAAGGGUUUGGACAACCCCUAAUGGUCCAGAGACAUAUACCACCCGAGUCAUAUGAGGGUAUGACUCCAGGCUUGUGAGUUCAACUAUUCUCUUAUUCCUUUAAAUAAAAUGUUUUAAAGACAUAUUGCACUAUUUUCUGUACCGAUUUUAUUUUGCAGAACAUCCGCUGUAUUUCAGUUUUAAAGCUCCACCUUUUAUAUGUAUUUAUUUUUUCAAAAGCUGACUCCGACUUAAACGUUUGAUGUGAAAAUUCCUUCUGUCAGGUAUCUCCACUCUUGUGUCCAGCAAUGAGGACUCUAAAGGCUCUCAUAGACACAAUAAAAUUUUAUAUAUUUUUUUGUAUCUUCUUUUUGCAUGUCUAUUAAUAUUAUUACACAUACACUGUUUUUAUUAUACCCUUGCUCUUAUUUAAACUAAAAAGGCAUGUUCAUUUUCCCCAUACCCUUCCUUACACAAGACCCCGCUGUGGUGACCAAACAGAGACAACCUACAACCACUGAGAGGCAACCCAAGGAGGGAGGAAGGGACCAACUAUGCCUGGAAAGGCAAUAAUUAGUGUUUUAAAAUGCCUGACCUAUACAGUUGUGCUCAAAAGUUGGGAGAAUUGGUAAUAUAUGAACCAUUUUUAAAGAAAACACUAGUGAGCAAGCAAAACACAUUUCUUUUAUUUUUUAUGGGGCUUCAUAUUCAACUGUAGGUUAUAACAGAAUGGCCCAAUCAUAAAACAAAACAUGGCAACAAAGAAAAAGGAAACAACCCAUGUUCAAAAGACAAGCAUACCCUUAUUUCCUAAUACUGUGUAUUGUUCCCUUUAGCUUCAAUGACAGCGUGCAGUCUUUUGUAAUAGUUGUCUAGAUGGCCUCUAAUUAUUGCAGGUGGUAUAGCUGCCCAUUCGUCUUGGCAAAAUGCCUCCAGGUCAUGCAAAGUCUUUAGUCAUCUUGCAUUAACCGCACAUUUGAGAUCUCCCCCAGAGUGGCUCGAUGAAAUAAAAGUCAAGAGACUGUGAUGGCCACUCCAGAACCUUCACCUUUUUUUUUUUUUUGCUUUAACCACUGGAAGGUCAACUUGACCUUGUUCUUAGGGUUAUUGUCAUGCUGGAAAGUCCAAGAGCGCCCCACGUACAGUCUUCGUACAGAAGAAUGCAAAUUGUCUGCCACUAUUUUCUGAUAACAUGCUGCAUUUAUCUUGCCAUUAAUUUUCACAAGAUUCCCUGUGCCUUUAGACCUCACACCCCUCUAAAACAUCAGUUAGCCACCACCAUGCUACUCAGUGAAGAUGGUAUUCUUUUCAAUAUAGGCCUUGUUGACCCCUCUCCAACCACAGCACUUAUGGUUGUGACCAUAAAGCUCUAUUUUGGUCUUGUCACUCCAAAUUACAGUGUGCCAGAAGCUGUGUGGCAUGUCAAGGUGUUGUCGGCCAGAUUGUAACCAGGCUUUUUUGUGGCAUUGGCACAUUAAAGGCUUCUUUCUCGCAACUCAACCAUGCAGCUCAUUUUACUUCAAGUAUCAUCGUAUUGUUCUCCUUGAAACAACUACACCAUCUUUUUCCAGAACAGCCUGUAUUCCUCCUGAAGUUACCUGUGGGUUUUUCUUUGUAUUUCGAAACAAUUCUUCUGGCAGUUGUGGCAGAAAUCUUUCUUGGUCUACCUGACCUUGGCUUGGUAUCAAGAGAUCCACAAUUUUCUCACCAUGGCACAAGCAUGGCUUAAACCCGAGAUCCCCCAGAUCAAUAUGGUACAUCAUGGACCACCUCACAGCACCGGUGAGAGGCACCUUGAAAGCAUAUGAAAAGGUCUGGGAACCCUGGAAGGCAAGUGAUAGAGAGAGCUGAGGUAGGAUCAGGAAAUGGGGCACUGCCAGCACUAACCAAACCCGAACGUAAUCCAGACGAAACUCCGAUCUCCGCCUGAGGGGCUCCCCCCUAUACCCCUCUCCUCUUUUUUUCUUCUCUAUCCAUUACUCGUUUUCUUAUAUGUCAUUGGGAGAAACGGAGCAUAUACAAAAACCUAAAAUUGACCCAAAAGUCAAUGACAGAAAGGACUUUGUGGGUAGUAAUGGUCAUAAACCUUAAAUUGAUUAAAUAAGAAAAUAAAUUACCAUGGAGGACUGGAAGAGGAAAAGGUAAAUUACCGUUCCUCUACCGGUCUCCUGCAGUGUACCCACAACGAUGGAAAUGACUCAUAGAGCUGAAAAAACUAAGUUAAAAUACCUAAUACAUCUUUAUUGAGUUAUACUAAAACGUGAAUUAAUGGUGAAACACAAAAUCAAACGUGCUGGUGAUUCUUAAAAAGGGGGAAGACUUGAUGCAGCCUAUACAAAAUCUCCUAAUAUAUUCAGGGUCAUUGGUAUGCAGUGUAAUGAAAAAGUUAAUAAGCUGAUGCAGUCAAACUAUAAUGGUCAGAGAAGUUUUCAUUUAAGAAACAUUCUAUCAGGACUUAAAAUGUAAGGUGAAACACACAGGGUCUGGGAACCUAGAUCGUACUGGAAAAUUACUUAAUUAGGGUAUAUAUGGUAAUACUCAGAAAAAUGUCUAAAGUAUACCCAAUAAAUGUUAACAAUGUAUAAAUUUGUUUCAAUAUUGGAGCGUACCAAAAAUUCAAAAAGUGAGAGUCUAAAACCCCCAGGUCUAAAGCCCCAGGUCCUCCAGAUAUAUUGCCAGAGAAAACAAUACAGGUUAGCUGGCUAGAAACGGAGACCACAAAUUGAUGCCACCCACCAUGAGCGGAGGGCGUCCAAAAUAGACAAAGCACUCUACAAAGGUGUCCAAUCUUCUAACAUGUUAAUUGUUAACCGUUAAUAUGUUAACAUGUGUCGCCAACUCGACAGUAUAAAUGUAUGUACGAUGUUAUGCCUACUUAAUUGCCAAAGUGCAAUGUAACAACACGCCAAAAAUAAAAGAAUUUAAAAAAAAAGAGAUCCUCAAUUUUUCAAUUUCUGAUGGAACAUUACUGACUGGUAUUUUCAAGGCUUUGGAUAUCUUCUUUUUUCUUUUCUUUUUCUAAUUCAAACAAAAGGGCAACAUUUAUUUUAUUACAUGUUACAAUAAAUGAGUGUUGUGCACAACAGCUAACAACUAAACCUAAUUUGGUUUCUAGGUUCAGGUUUUAUGUAGAAAACAAUAAACAGAAAACAUUAGUUUUACAAUAAAAACAGAACAGAAUCCUUAAAUAACAAUUAAAGGAACACCCCAAGCACCAUAACCCCAUAUGGUGCCAGAAGUGCCCCCGCAACGUCCCACAGGAAGUACACGAGCCUCUUAAUUUCAGCAGCUUACUUGGGUCCUGCUUUGCGUGGCUGCACACAUUGACUUAGACCACCCAGCUGAUCCACCCAGCUAACAACUGUAACCCUGAACGGUGGAGCUUAGCUCAGUGGAUCUAACUGGAAGCAUUUCAGGAGCUUUUUGCAGCAGAGGAGUGUUGGCUGCAAGUAUAACCCACCACACUACAACCACCACAGCAGCUUAGCCUAGUGGAGCCAACUGGAAGCCUUGCAGGAGCUUUUUGCAGCAGAGGAGUGUUGGCAGCAAGUAUAACCCACCACACUACAACCACCACAGCAGCUUAGCUCAGUGGAGCCAACUGGAAGCCUUGCAGGAGCUUUUUGCAGCAGAGGAGUGUUGGCAGCAAGUAUAACCCACCACACUACAACCACCACAGCAGCUUAGCUCAGUGGAGCCAACUGGAAGCCUUGCAGGAGCUUUUUGCAGCAGAGGAGUGUUGGCAGCAAGUAUAACCCACCACACUACAACCACCACAGCAGCUUAGCUCAGUGGAGCCAACUGGAAGCCUUGCAGGAGCUUUUUGCAGCAGAGGAGUGUUGGCAGCAAGUAUAACCCACCACACUACAACCACCACAGCAGCUUAGCUCAGUGGAGCCAACUGGAAGCCUUGCAGGAGCUUUUUGCAGCAGAGGAGUGUUGGCAGCAAGUAUAACCCACCACACUACAACCACCACAGCAGCUUAGCUCAGUGGAGCCAACUGGAAGCCUUGCAGGAGCUUUUUGCAGCAGAGGAGUGUUGGCAGCAAGUAUAACCCACCACACUACAACCACCACAGCAGCUUAGCUCAGUGGAGCCAACUGGAAGCCUUGCAGGAGCUUUUUGCAGCAGAGGAGUGUUGGCAGCAAGUAUAACCCACCACACUACAACCACCACAGCAGCUUAGCUCAGUGGAGCCAACUGGAAGCCUUGCAGGAGCUUUUUGCAGCAGAGGAGUGUUGGCAGCAAGUAUAACCCACCACACUACAACCACCACAGCAGCUUAGCUCAGUGGAGCCAACUGGAAGCCUUGCAGGAGCUUUUUGCAGCAGAGGAGUGUUGGCAGCAAGUAUAACCCACCACACUACAACCACCACAGCAGCUUAGCUCAGUGGGGCCAACUGGAAGCCUUGCAGGAGCUUUUUGCAACAGAAGAGUGUUGGCAGCAAAAAGCUGCCAUGGUUGUGACCCAAAAUCAGAAUCAAUCUUACAUAUGUACCAUCUUAUUAGCUGACCUAGUGUAGUUAUAGGAUUAGGAUCUGUCGGAGUGAUUUAAUUUAUAUUAAACUAAUUCAGUUAUUUUCUAAAGUCGCAAUCCAUUUAAUGUAUUGCUGUUGUUUAUUUAGAGAAUGUAUAGAAGAGGCAGGGAGAUCUUUCUCCAUGCAAAGCUGAAAUAAUAAUUGGUCAGUAAAAUGUCUCCUUUCAAAAGGAAGAUACGAUUUCCACUGUCUUGCUAUCACAAUCUUGGCAGCUAAUAAACAAUGGGUUACAAGACAUUUGGAUGAGGGGAGGGAUAACUUCCAGUUCAGAUGUAGUAAGGUCGUAUCAGGGCUUUGAUUAAUUGAAAUAUUGAACAAGGAAUUUCAAAGGGCCAUCUCCAUAGGCAUUUUACUAAUUUACAGUACUACCAAAUAUGAAUAAGGGACCUGUCCAAACAUCCACAUCGUCAGCAAUGAGGGAGUUGAGCAGGAUACAUCUUACUUAAUCUAUCUGGUGUUAAAUACGAUCUGUACAUAAUCUUAUGUUGACACUCUAUUACAUUUCAAACAAUGGAUAUGUUUACGAAUGUCUUUAAAGGUAGAGCACCAUUCAUUAUCAGAAAUAUCAAUGUCUAGUUCUUUUUUCCAUUUAUUGACAAUAUUUAGAGGAUGUUGAUCUGAAGUGUGAAUCAGAUUGGUGGCCUUGGAGAUAACUCUUUUAACCCUCAUAUAAUUAAAAAUGUCCUGAAGAAGAGAAUUGCUCUUAGAAGCAGACUUCAAUAAUUACGUAUUUAGGAAGUUCCUAAACCUAAAAUAUGAAAAAAGCUCUCUAUUAGGGAGGUGAAAUUUGUCUUGAAUAUCAAGGAAAGGUAAGAUUAAAUCGUUAUGAAAACUCUCUUUACAGGACCAUUGGGAAUUGGGCCAAUUUUGUAGUGAUAUAUCCUGCAUAUGAUCCUCCUAUACAGCCAAAUUACAUGUUCCCAUUAUGUUAUUUGAGAUUUUCAACCGUUUCUUUAGAAUAUCCCAUGCCCUUAUAAUUUGUGAUAGAAUUAAGGAUUUAUUGCUUAGUUCUUCUGUGGCUUUUGUAUUACUAUCAAGCCACAGAAAAAAAUCUAGUCUGUCUCUAUCAGUGGCCUCUGAUUCGAUCGAGUACCAUACUUGUUUUUUGAAUGAAUCAACCUGAAGUUUGCAAAUGUGACCUAUAAUAUUAGCAGAGUAGCAGAUUCUUAUAUCAGGGUAUUUAAGGCCACCCAUGUAGUAUUUUUUUAGAUACAAUUGUUUUACUGAUUCUAGGUUUUUUUGGAUUGCCAAACAUAGGAUUGGAAACUAGAUUGUACAAUGGUAAGCCAGUGGUUCAAAAUUUGCAAGGGGAUCAUCCUAAAUAGGUAUGACCAUUUGGGAAUUAUGUUGGAUUAUGUUUAUCCUACCGGACCAGGAGGAAUCAAGCAUACACCAUUCUUUUAACUUUUUAUUUGUGUAUUUUAGAAGAUUCAGAACAUUUAUCUCCAUAAUUUUGUCAACAUGUGUUGAGAUUGAUACACCUAAAUAGGUGAAAGUAUUUUCGGGCCAUAUAAAGUCAUAACGGUCUCUUAAGUCUUCCGGGCUAUAAUUAUCAACCUUAUUAAUUAUAGCUGUAGAUACUUAUACAUUUAACUUAUAAUUAGAUACUUUCGAGUAUCAAUUUAUUUCAAACAUAACAUGGGGUAGGGAAAUUUCUGGGGACGUGAGUGUUAAUAAUAUACCGUCAGCGUACAGUAAUAUUUUUGCCUCUAAAUUUUGGUUGAAAAAAAACCCCUUUAUGUUUGUAUUAGAUCUAAUAUUAAUUGCUAAUGGUUCCAAGGUGAGUAUAUAAAGAAGAGGAGAUAGGGGACAACCCUGCCUUGUACCAUUUUUCAGGGUAAACCAACUUGUUAGGAUAUUUACCCCGACUGUUCUUGCUGUGGAUUCCGUAUAAAGGGCCAUAAUAGCAUCGUGGAUCUAUCCCACAAAGCCAAAAGAGGUCAGGGUCUUAUCAAGGAAUCCCCAGCUGACCCUGUCAAAGGCCUUCUCCACGCCCAAUGACAGGGUCAGCAAUGGAACCCUCUUCCGUCCUGCGCCGUCCAAUAUAUCUAUAAUUCUUCUGGUACAAGACUCAGAAGAUCUGCCUUGAAUAAAGCCCACCUGGUCCGAAUGGACAACUCUUUCCACAUAUGGCUUAAGCCUAUGUGAUAGAAUUGCUGCAUAGAUUUUCAUAUCAGUAUGUAUUAAUGAAACUGGUCUAUAAUUUUUUACAUCUGUUGGAUCUUUGUUGGCUUUUAAAAUUGGCAGAAUAUUAGCCGUAAGAGGCAGACUGAUUUCUUUUUUCAAAAUUUUAUAAAAAGAGUUACUAAAUCCAUCCGGACCAGGGGCUUUGAUAGUUCAAGUCUAUCUAUUUCCCUUUCUACUUCCGUUAUCGUGAACUUGCAGUUAAGUUGGUCCAGAUCCAGACUAGUAAUUCUUGGGAUUGAAGUGUCUGCUAAGUAUUAUUUUAUUUCUGUAUUAUUUGAGGGGGCAUCCAGGUUGUACAAAUUACUAUACAAUUCAUUAAAUAAAUGACCAUUUUUUUCUGGGGAGGAAUAAGUAAUUUGUUUGUCAAUUAAUUUGUUAACCCUAUUAGUUGCAUUAUGUUUCUUUAAUCUCCUAGUUAGUUUCUUGUUGGCUCUGUUACCUUGGUAAUAGGUAUUUAUUCUCAGUUUAUUUAUUGUUUUCUUUAUUUUUUCCUCUACUUUUAUAUUAAUUUGGUUUUGUAGUAUCGCUAACAUUGACCCAUAUUGAGACAAUGGAUGGUCUUUGUUUAGUUUAGAGAUAUUAGAGCGUUGUAUGUUUAGAUUGGAUCAGGUCUUUAUUAAUCAUAUUUUUAGCUUUCUUUUCUAUUUCUAUGAGAUAACCUCUUAUAACUAAUUUGUAUGUAGCCCAUAGAAUAGAGUCUGAGGUGUCAGGGUUGGAGUGUUCUAGCCAAAAGAGUUUAGAUAACUCAGUUAUAGAAUCCUGAUUAGUUCUAAGUUUAAAAAGAGACUCAUCUAUUCUCCAUGCGUUAGUAGAUUUUAGUAUUAAUUUGCCUAUUUGUAGUAUCAAAGAACUAUGGUCGGACCACGUGUUUUCUUUGAUUUGGAUUAUUUCAAUUUCUUUAAGCGUAGUAGAUUUAACUAAACAUAGGUCAAUUCAUGAAUAUGAGUUAUGAACUUUCGACAAGUAUGUAAAGUCGGAUAAAACCAGGUGAAACACUCGUCAUGUAUCAUACAGCCCAUAUGUCGCACAUGAAUUAGUUAAUGCCUUGGCUUUCUUACAUAUAGAAUAGACACCAUGCCAACUAGCACCCCAGGGUGUUUUAAUACUGAAUACUAUGUGUAUACAGGUGGUACUGAUUAUAUGUAACCGAUAAUGUACUAAGGAGACUUACUUUGUAUGUAGCCCAUAGAAUAGAGUCUGAGAUGUCAGGGUUGGAGUUUUCUAGCCAAAAGAGUUUAGAUAACUCAGUUAUAGAAUCCUGAUUAGUUCUAAGUUUAAAAAGAGACUCAUCUGUUCUCCAUGCGUUAGUCCCCUUAAGGACAGAGCCAAAUGUACACGUUGUGAACAAAACAAAAUGUAAACAAAACCGGGCAUUUGCGCUACAUGUCUGGCCAACCAUAAUUCACCUCUUUCAUAGUAAAUGCAUCCACCCUUAUUAUAUAUCAUUUUAUUUAGGGGAAACAGGGCUUUCAUUUAAUAUCAAAUAUUUAGCUAUGAAACAUAACUUAAUAUGAAAAAAAUGGGAGAAAAUACGAUUUUUUUUGGAUUUUUUUAGUUCUACAUGACAUUUUAACGGUCAAUGUCAUAAUACUGUUUUCUUUUACUGCAAUAAAAUACACAUAUUUGUAUUCAGCAAAGUCUCACAUGUAAGACAGUACCCCCUAUGUACAGGUUUUAUGGCGUUUUGGGAAGUUACAGGGUCAAAUAUAGCACAUUACAUUUGAAAUUGAAAUUCGCCAGAUUGGUUACGUUGCCUUUGAGACUGUAUAGUAGCCCAGGAAUGAAAUAUACACCCAUAAUGGGAUACCAUUUGCAAUAGUAGACAACCCAAGGUAUUGUAAAUGGGGUAUGUCCAAUCUUUUUUAGUAGCCAUUUGGUCACAAACACUGGCCAAAGUUAGCGUUAGUAUUUGUUUGUGUGUGAAAAAUGCAAAAAACGCCAAUUUUGGCCAGUGUUUGUGACUAAGUGGCUACUAAAAAAGACUGGACAUACCCCGUUUGCAAUACCUUGGGUUGUCUACUAUUGCAAAUGGUAUGCCAUCAUAGGGGUAAUUUUCAAUCUUGGGCUACCAUAUGGUCUCAAAGGCAACCUAACCAAUCUAGCAAAUUUUAAUGUGAAAAAAAUGAAACGCAAGCCUUAUAUUUGACGCUGUAACUUUUGAAAACACCAUAAAACCUAUACAUGAGGGGUACUGUUGUACUCGUGAUACUUCGCUGAACACAAAUAUUUGUGUUUCAAAACAGUAAAAAGUAUCGCAGUAAUAAUAUCAUCCGUGUAAGUGCUGUUUGUGCGUGAAAAAUGCAAAAAACGUCACUUUUACUGGCGAUAUUAUCGUUGUAAUACAUUGUACUGUUUUGAAACACUAAUAUUUGUGUUCAGCAAAGUCUCCCGAGUAGAACAGUACCCCCCAUGUACAGGUUUUAUGGUGUCUUGGAAAGUUAUAGGGUUAAAAAUAGUGCUAGCAAAUUAAAUUCCCUUUACUUUUGGCAUGGGUUGUCAGGCAGGUCUCGCUAAUUAUAAUUAAUUAAGAUACCUAAUUAUGUAAAAAUAUUACAUAAAUAUAUAUGUAGAAUUAAUAUAUGUAUAUAUAUAUACGUAUGUGUAUAUAUAUGUAUAUAUCUAUAUCAUUUUUUUUAAAUAUUUUUAUUUAUAUAUAGGUAUAGAGAUAGUGAUAUAUACGUAUAUAUUUAUGUAUAUAGAUAUAUAUAUAUAUUAUUUCGUUCUAUGUGUAUUUUGAUAUAUAUAUAUGUGACGAGACCAAUCUCGCCACAUUGCAUUGGAGAAGCCUGGUUGCUCGCCUGCUGCCUUUGGUCUAUGGCCCCAUGUUAAAAGACUUUGUUUCGCCUGCAGAAAAGCUGUAUUCUUGCUUUUCUGCCGGUUGUUCGGUAGAUUCAAUCUACCGAACAACCGCACGAAUGAAUAGACCACCUGGGAGCUGGAGUGUGCCGGCAAUUAACCUCCCUGAAGCUGCGGUUAACCGCAGCUUAAUUGACAAUUACUGGGUGGUCGCGGUUACACCUAGCCGCCACACGAUGGUGGUGUUAUGGAAGCCAGCGCUUGUUCUACCCAGCGGCAGGACACCAAAAGCGGACACUUUUGUCUUACAAGCCCCGCUGAGGCUGGAAGUCUGCAAACCUGUUCGGGAACCGAACAACGGAGCAUUCGGGACUUUUAGUGCUGCAAUUGUAUUCGGUGUGCAAGUACCCAGAUAGCCUGCCAUGGAGCCUGUUCGUGGAAUUAAAGACUUUGGCUCCAUGGCGAUUAAACUGUAUUCGUGUGGUCUGAGCGCCAUUCGCUUAAUAAUGUGCACUCAGACCUGAGCUAUCUGGGGAUAUGUUAAAUGUAUAGUUUUAAUGUAAUGUGUCUUACAUGGUGUAUUUUAACAGUAAUGCUUGUUUUAGUAUCCCCAUGUGCAUAAUGGCGAUUUGCCUUUGUCUUGGGAGAUAAUUUAAUUACUUCUCAAUUAUCUCCCAGGGCAAAGGGGAGGAAGCCAGGAUGCAUUGUGGGAAUAUAUUGUGACUGUGUGUCCUAUUUGUCUGCUUGUCUGUCCCUUGUCACAGUCUCCCAUUUGGUCCCUUAGGGGAGUGUCCACCAGGUGGGAGACCUGCAUAAAAGCCGGGCAGGUAGCCCUCAUUAAACAGACCACUGCUUGACCCUCAACACGGAGCCUUAUCUCGUCUUUGGGGGAAUUUACUGUAUGCUGAUAGAGACUGAUUGCUAGGAGUGUAAGCCGCUUGGAUGCUUUUCCUAUUCAUCUGGUAGCAGCAAUUCGUACGGUUCCCGUUCGUCUGUUUGGAGUGCUAUAUUGGAUGCCGUUCGGGAGCUUGGAGCAUUCACUUAUUGGCGAUUCGUGUGUUUGGUGUUCUGUAGUAGCUGUGCCUGCAUCUCUGGAAAGGGGGCCGAUUUUGUGCAAAACGGUCCGUUACAAUAUAUAUAUAUAUAUAUAUAUUAAUUUCACAAUACAGUUAGAACGAAAUAACACACAUCUAUAUAUUUUUUAAUUAUUUAUUUUUAAUUUUUUUUUAAAUUUUAUUUUUUAACGUAUUUACAUAUUUUUUUUUAUAUUAUAUAUAAAUAUAUAUAUAACAAUAAUUAUAUAUAUUUAAUCAGUAUCAGUCUACGUGUAAUUUGAUAUUAAUAUAUAUAUAUAUAUAUAUAUAUAUAAUUAUAUAUAUAUUAAUAGUAAAAUACACCUAGACAGUGUACGUGUGUGUAUGUAUAUGUGUCUAUAUAUACUUAGCUCAUAUAUAUAAUAUAUAUAUAUGAUUUAAGUAUAUAUUAUUAUUUUUUUUACACUUUUUAAUUUAUUUGAUUUUAUUUCCAGCCAGCAGGGGGACCACCUGUCAUUACAGGCAGGCCCCCUGCUGGCAAUGCUGCAGCCAGCUACCCCCGGCCAUGUGAUUGUGGGGUCCUCGCAAGGACCUCACUCUCACAUGGCCGGGGGGUUUCCAGGGGGUCGGCCAUGCCGCGGGGGGCUCCCUGGGAGUCACCCCAACCACGAUCGCCGGCGUGGGAUCGCCUGCGACCGGGUAAGUAGGAAAAGACCGGAGGGUGUACUAUUUACCGUUUAGAGCCGCUUAGAAUAGGGCGUAAUAGUACGCCCUCCGGUCUUAAGGGGUUAAGAGCAGUAUAAUAUAAAAUAAUAUAAUAUAAAAUAAUCAAUUGAAAGAAUAUAAUAUACUACCUAUAACCAUGAGUAAUUAUCAUGAUAGCAUCCUUGUCUUUGAUGUGCUAUGUAGACUAUUAGGAUAGAAAGUAACAUUACUGUCAGUACAUUUAGAUCGAUAUCCAAUGUUGGUAUCGAAAUUCUUUGUUACAUACAGAGGUCAUUAGCAUGAUUUCUUUUAUAAGGAGUCUUUGAUUCACCCUUUAAUAUGCCCAUCAGUUGGGCUAUACGAACGCCCUGCCAUACAGGGUAUAUACCCGUUAGAAAGAAAGAAUAAGUCCACCUAUAGAAACGCCCAAAUGGGCGGUACUUAGAAUAGACGAAAAUAUUAUUCAUGUAAACUGGUGCUAUAGUUACCGGCUUCAAACAAGAAGUCAGAUGUGCCCCUAAUAAACGCCAUGGGGCGGGGCUAAAAGGAAGAAUCAGAUAGACCCGCAGUUACACAGGUUACCUCUGAUUUUGGCGCAAGGGAGACAUGCAUGUCUGUGUUUCGGAUUGGCUCAGAGGCUAAUACCAUUUGGUACAAAUUAUUAUCUGAUCAGUGCCACACUCACCUUUGACAAAGGCGCUUCAGUAGUGCCAAAACGUACGUUAGGUCUUAUGCUUUUUUUGUUUUAACCACAGCACUGUUCUAUGUGCUCACUUGGUGGGGGAGAGAGAUUAAUUUAAGUCUAUAUAGUAUUAGGCUUAGUUAGAUGAUAUAAGAAUACAAGCAGACACUUUUCGAGUGUAGAAGCUCAUUGCUACAAUUAGAGACAGCUUAUUUUUCUUACACCGACGGAUACAAUUUAAUAAAUUAUGGCCUUUGUGUUAAUUAUACUUUUAGAUGUUCUAGCUAAGGAUAGUUUAUUUACUUACUUUUUUAUCUACUCCUUCUUAGUUUAUUAGUUAACAAUCAAGGAUACUCUGUACCCACCUUAUAUAGAGCAGUAUCAGUUUUCUAAGUGCCAUUCUAAGCUACGUAUUGUGAGCAAUCUAAUUUAGUAUCCAGAGCAUUUAGUCUAUCUCUCAAUUGAGGACGUAUUCACCUAUUAUCUAUGGAUUAUUACUAAGACUGAAAUGCAAAUGGUGUCAGUAUAGAUCAUAGAGAACUUACUCAAUUAUUAAGAUCUAGAAUACUGUAUGACUUUCUAUCUCUUAGCACCACUCUAUACCUGCAUAUUUCUAUUCUUGUAUAGACUAAGGUCUCUCCUGUGUGCUUUUCUUAGAUAUGAUGGGUUUUAUUUAAGUUUUCUUUUCUCUUGGGGAAUUUAUGCCCUAUAAUAAUGGUGUUUUUAAUUUGUAUAUAUACGUGCAAUGCCCAGAGAUCCCUUUUUUGGUGCUCCCAAAGCUUAUUUCGCAAGGGAUCACCUGCAGUUUAAGUGUUGUGUAUACAUCUAAGGGUUACCCCCUAUAUGGGGUUCUGUGGACACACUUUAGAUUCCGAUAGUUAGGAAUCUUACACUAUUGUAUUUGUUUUCUUACACACUUGCCCAACAGACUCCAAGUUGUUUUGAGAUUUCUUAUCGACAUUUGGGUCCAUAACACAAUUGAAGUCUCCUGUAAUUAUUAAAGUACCUAUAGUUAUAUUUUCUAACCUGUUCAUAAUUUUGGAGAAGAGUGCAGUUGUAUUGAGGUUUGGCAAGUAGAUAUUAACCAAAGUAUAUGUCAGUCUCAAUUGUACAUAUAACAACCAGGAAUCUACCACUAGGGGCACUAUCUAUUAAUUUUAUGUUGUGUUUUAUGUUUGAGUCAAUAAUAAUCUCUACUCCGCGCUUCUUAUCUUCAUUAAGAGAUGCUUGAUAUAUUUGUAUUUUUCUCCUCCCCAUCUUUGUGGUUCUGAUUUCAGCCAGUGGGUUUUUUGUAUAAAGGCUAUUUGUACCUCAUUAUAUACCAAGGUAUCAUAUAGUAAUUGUUUUUUCCGUCUUGUAUUUAAGCCCUGUACAUUAAUGGACAUAAGUCUUAACAUCUAAGUUUUGGGGUUUUGGGAGACUCUGGUUGGGAUAAACCUAUAAAUGAAGUUAAAGUUAUCAUGACCAAUUUUGCUGUAUAGGACUUAACUAAAAAUACAAACAAUAUAACAGUCGCACAAAAAGAAAAUACAUAGAGAACACACAUCAGAUGGGGCAACACAAUUCCAUCAACAGUUAAUACAUCCCCAUGAUCUAAUAUCCAUGGGUUCUCCUAUCUUCCAAAAAAUAGAGGAUUAGGAAUAACUGUGAAUAUUCACAGAAAGAGAAGUUGAGACUGGAGUCACAAGGGUUUAGCGAGCCAAUGUAUUGAAUUACAGACGGGGCGAGAGGGGGGAAAAAGAAAAAAAACAUAUUUUUUACAUCUUGUGAUACCAUCAAUAUAAAAUUUUCCUUGACUUAAUGCGUAAACAAUUUUAUGAAUAAUGCUUUUUCUUUUAGAAAUACUUUAGCAUUAUAUUUGAGCAAGACUACAUAUAAAAAUUUGUCAUUAUACUAAAACACCAUUGUGUUACUAAUUGAAGCCUUUAUGAAAAAAAAAACCUUUAUAAGAAAAAAUAUAUAUUUAUGUAUAUUUUACAUCUUGUGAUACCAUCAAUAUUUAAUUUCCUUGACUUAAUGUGUAAACAAUUUUAUGAAUAGUGCUUUUUCCUUUAGAAAUACUUUAGCAUUAUACGUGAGCAAAACUACAUAUAAAGAUACGUCAUUAUGCUAAAACAUCCUUGUGCUACUAAUUGAAGUCUUUAUAAAAAUAAAUGAAUUUAAAAAAUGAACUAUUUACAUCUAGUGAUACUAUCAAUAUUCAGAUUUAAUUGACUAGUGAAUGAACAUUUUUUUAAAUAGUACUUUUCCUUUUAAGAUAUUCUAAAGUUAUAAGUGCACAAAGCAGAUUGUGUAAAGAGAUUCUUCCUUAUGCUAAAAUUAUACCAAAACAGCCUUAUACUGAUAAUGAGACCUUUAUAGUAAAAAAAGAAAAUUCAACAAAAAAGGGAUGCAUCUUUUUCUUAUUUAAACCUUUCCUCAUUAAACCCGCCCGUCUCAAUGUUAAAUUUAUGAUAGGGCUCAAAUUAAAUGGGAGAUUAGUGCAGAGAUUUAAUUUUCAUCCAAGCCUUAAGCUUAUCUGGGUGAUCAAAGGACUCUGUAUGGCCGUCCAUAUGUAUGAUCUGUGGGGAUAUUUAUGGGAUGAUAAUUUUAAGCAGUCGAGAAUUGCCCACUAUUUCAAUUCUCUUAGAUCUUAGAGAUCGUUUAUCAAAUAAGUGAAAAGUAUUCCAUACAAUUAAAUCACAAUUUGUUAUAAAAAUAGAUUUAUUUUUAUUGUAACAAAUUAAUUAACAAUAUUAUUAGGCAACAUGGAUGAUAAUAAUAAGUGAAUAUUUAGUAUAACAUAGUAUGCAAUACAAUGGAAUGGCUAUACACGUUUCAAUGGCUAAACAGCAUUUUCUGUCAAGACUUACAUGAUUUAUGAGGGUAUCCUUACAGACAAAAAGUGAAGCUUUUCACAGCAAGGGGCCAUAAAACCCUGGCUAACAGUUAGAUCAACUGAGUAACCCUUUCAAUGCUGGCUAGAUCCUCCUAGGCAUAUAGUAUCCUAUUCUCAUGUGAUUUUCAAUUAAAAUACAUUUAAACCAGCUCAUUAGUCAUUUCCUGGAACCAUCCAAUAAGAAUAAUCUACCAGAUUUUUACAAAAGCCGAAUUUAAUUUGUCUAAAAGAUAUCUUAUAUUAUAUUAGAGCAAAUCAAUACACCUGGAUACAAAAAGCUGUAUGCUAACACGUGAUACUAUCACAUUAAUAUAUAAUUAUUCUUAAUUCCACCUGCAGAAUGGAAUGUUUAUAACUAUAUAUUCUUUAGUUAACUAAAAUUUCUAAAUAUUGAAAUCUGACCAUGAUUUAUCCAGUCAUAUAUCAUGCUAUUAGUAAAUUUUAAUUAAUUUAAAUUUAUUAAAUAAAACCAGCAUAAUUACGAGUUAUGUAGAUAUUCUCAUCAGAUGAGUAGGUAGUCCCAGAGACUUUACUGGUUGUAUGUAGGUGCAUGAGUUAUAGUGAAAGGUGGUGUUGGUUAGAAAGUCAGUAAAAUUCUAAGUGUUAGAGUUUUAAGAGUAGAAUGUUAGUCCCAGAGAUUGUCCUGGAUUUCUCUGCAUGUCCGAGUUGGAGUCCCCAAACUUCCAAUUCGUCUCUCUGUCUCUCUCCAACUCCAACCCCUACUACCCUGUCUUCCCUUUGUCCUAACUUUUAAAGGGCCAGACUCUCUGUAUGUCAUUAGUUGAUAACCCAAUAGGAAGCCAUAGGUGUGUCCAAUCUAGGGAUCGCAAUUUAGGUAUUUGAUCCAUAGAGGGCAGUUUUGUCUAACGAAACCUUCCUAUCCAGGAAAGAGUGUUAACUCUGAUGACGAUUUUGAUGUCAUUUGGCUUAUCUUAAAUGACUACCAUAACUUAGAUUUGCUGUCAGUUCAAAGCAUUUGGCCCAGUCUUUGUGGCAACUACUUUGAUCGUAACUUGUAAAAUUGACAGUUCUAAACUCAAUUUCACCCCUUUCUUACAAUGGUACCUUAUAACAUUUAGAAAGUAAAAUUAAUUACUUAGUCUUCUCUGUCACUAGUGUCUGUGUUUAGAUAUGCAUCUAUUAACAUUAACAUUUUAGACAGAGUGUUCCAUCCCCCUUGCUUCAUUGCUUAUCUUGGUUUGUUUAUAUAAUACAUUCCUCAGCUCAAGCAAGUGGCUAGUUACAGAAGUAAGAAGAAAUCAAGGAAAUUAUGUGUUUUUGUUAUCCUGAAGAUAGCAAAAUGGAGUCCACUUUGUUCUGAGUGGCUGUGGCAAUAUACACUUUUAAUUUCUUUUUAGCACAAAAUGUCUGCUGAUGUAAAUAUUCUAACAGAUCAUCUUCAUGGGGAAGACCCAUCUGAAUCUAAUAUUAUUACUUUUAGCGUCCUUAGCUUGGGGUGAAAAAUAUACAUGUAGAUUUUUAUCUUGUUUCGUCUCUCUUUUGUCUCGUUUGGUUAGCGAUUUUGAGUCCAAGCCUGUUUUUUUUUGGUAGCCAUUUAAGUUUUCGGGGAAAAAAAAAAUAAAGUAGCAUAAAAUUAGUAUAAAGUAGUAUAGGGAUGGGGGAAUUUUUUAAUAUGGUUUAAAGAAGAGGAAUAUCAGAAUUACUUUUUUUUCAAGUUCUUUCAGUUCCUUCUUUAACUUUCACUUUAUCUUCACUCUGUGUAAAAUAUUACAUAAGUAUUUGCUCUUAGUCUCCCUUUUCUCUCUCCUUUCUUCUUUUUUUUCUUUUUUUUUCCUUCUCUUUCUUUUCUUUCCCCUUUCUUUAUUUUCCCCUUCCUUUCCCUUCCCUAUUCUCCCCUUUUUCGCCCUCGUUCUUCUUGUACUUCACUUUUUUCCUUUUCUCCUUCCUUCUUUUAUAUCCUAUUCUUUCUAUUUUUUUUCCUCUUAAUUUUUAUUUUUCUCAAUGAGAAAUAUAUAUGACUGUAACGGCACCCCCAGGCAUAAAAGGGUUAAACCGCCGUUUAGUAGAUCUUCCCUUCCAGAGACACAGGCACAGCUACUGCAGAACACCAAUCCGCCGAACAGUAAACCAUAUGAAUGCCGUAAACAGCCGAAUAGGAAAAACCAUACGAAUAGGUUUACACUCCUAGCAGUCGAACUGGAACAACAUACAAUAAAUCCCACAUUCACAUUUUCAGAAUCAGCAUACUCCAAAUACAAAUAUAUGUCAAAAUCAUCCAAAUUGGUCCAGUGGUUCAAAAGAUAGAUCGUAGUCCUUUGUGACCAAAGGAAGCAUGGCUUUUCUGCCCAAAGCCAGUUCCACAGAGUCUUCUAUCCUGGAGAUAAUUGGGAAGUAAUCCAAUUAUCUCCAAGGACACAGGCACAACUCCAUUGACCACAUGGUAGAAAAAGACAAUAAAAUACAUAAAAACAUAUAACUGUGCAGCCAUUGCACAAAACAGGUACAUUCAACAUAUCCCCAGAAAGUUCAGAUCUGAGCGCACAUUAUUACUGAAUGGCGCUCAGAGCACACACAUACAGUUCAAUUGCCAUGGAGUCAAAGUCUUUCCCAUAGUCUUUCAUUAUACAAAUGGGCUCCAUGGCAUAGCUAUCUGAGGUAUCACCGCUCAAACAGGGCAUGCAACGAAUGACCCGGCUUUCGUGUCUUUGCAGGGGAAAAUCAAGCGUUUCAACAUGGGGCCAUAGUCUAAAGGCAGCAGGCGGGCAACCAGGCUCCUCCAGUGAACAAUGGCGAGAUUAGUCUCGUCACACAAGGGAUUGGCUUUAAAAGGCAGCAGAAAAUUGCUCUGCAAGCUGUUUUUAGAUUUACCCCAAUGACAAAAAUUAACAAUUAAAUGCAUACAUGUUUCCAUUGAUGGUAUAUCUACUGAACAGUGAUUGUUAUUUUGUUUGGAUUUAGGCAGUGGAGUGUUCCUUUAAGCCAUUGGAGUGUUUUGCCUUAAGCCAUUGCCACCCAAUCACCUGACUAACUUCUCCCCAAUAACAGCCUUUGUCACUAAUUACCACACAGGAUUCCAAACCAAGACCAUAACAGAGUCAUAGAGCAGUGUGUAAUGUUCAUUUGGAGGGAGUUACUGUGACGAAGUGCCCUUCGCCACUUGUGCCUGGAGAGGACUGCUUGCCCGCCUCUUGCCCUGUGACUAUGGCCCCUGGGAUGUAUUGCCCUUUAAAGACAUGAUUUGGGCAUAAUGGAUUUGUGUUGUGCUGCUGCUGGCCCUUUAAGAACCAUCUGGGGACAUACUGUGGAGUUACUGGGUGGCCACCAUUUCCUGUAUCAGAAGCACAUGGUGAGAACAAUGGAUAGCGGUCAUUUUAACUCCCAGACACUGUUUGGACUUUUCAACACGGUGCCAUCUCGCCAGUAUUUGGUGCACAGAGACAUCGUGCAGUGGUUUUGGACUAUACAGCAGGGGACACAUUAUACAGUGAUUGUUUUUCAUUUAGCCUGUAUGUGUUCUGCAGAAUCUGCAUUAAACUGUAUUUUCCAAAGUACUGAACGGAUCUGGGUGAAUUUUGGAUAUGUGGUUCAACCAGAUCCCCGGUUCCAAGGAUAUACUUUUUAUGGGGUUAUUGCAAGUUUUGGGGUCCCUGUGUGUUUUAUGAAACUGUAUUAUUUCUGGCCAGCAGAUAAUUGAGCUUUGUGUAUUGUAGAAACUCAAUUAUCUAGCCUGGCCCAGAGGAGGAGUUUUGUGUUGCAUAAAUUGUGAGUUCUGUGUGCCAGUAAAUCAGUCUUGUUCCAGCAUUAAGCCUUGGCUCAUGUUUGGGGGAUUGGAGAAGUACACUCUGGGGAUUGCUAUAAUCACUAUACUCCCCAGGGUAUGAUCACUAAGUUCUGCUAAGAGCUUGUUCCUGCUCUCUGGGGAAAGAGAGGUUCAUCCACUGGAAGCUGGAUCCUGGCCUUGGGUCCAGGGUGGGUGGAGACAGCAGAGACCCCAGCGCAGUUGCAUCGCUGGAAGUGGGGUCUGCAGUGCUGAUGGUGUCGGUUGGAGUGCUUGGAGUCCUCGGCAAGCGCUUGGAGCAUCGAUUGGCGGAGGUACUCAGUCAGAGUGCCAGCGUUCCGUUACAGUUACUAUCACCCGAAAACCACAAGCUGUUAAUAUUGCUGCAUUUCAAUAUCUGGGAUAGCGAGAGACAGCAGUCAUGUGUUAUUGCACAAUCUUCGCUAUGAGUUACAUUUUAUCAUGGCAUACAGGUUCGAAUCCCGGCAGGGUCGACUCAGCCCUUCAUCCUUCAGAGGUAGAUACAAUGAGUACCAUUAAAUUGGGUAAUAGUAACAACCCUCGGUGUGUGGCGAAAAUAGCAUCCCUAGGAUGUACUUGAAAACCAGAUCAAUUUGAAUGUACAUUCCCUCGUUAAAUACUUUGUUAUUAUUAUUCACACUUGCUGAAUUAUUUUGAGUAAUCGCCUUCACACCAUUUGAAAAAUAACGUGUGGAAUAUAACAAAAGUUGGGCAUAUUUGCCACUUAAUUUCAUACACCUUAUUCAUCUCGUUUAUAUAAUGCCAACUUAUUCAGCAGGGGGAAUUAAUGACAAACGAGACAAACUAUUAUACAGUUUUACAGACAGGUUGAUGGAGACCUUGCUCGAUUUAGCUUACAAUUUAUAGAUAUAUAUAUUAAUGAAAUGUUCUAAAAAAUGACAGCAAAAGAUAUUAUGAGAAUUUACAUUCUGGCUAAUUUGCAUAUUUUCUCUUUUUUCAUUGCUACCAAAACAUCAAAAGGCACCACAAUAUCAACAACCAUAUUAUUGGAUACUAUAACAACAGUGGCAGACACAACAACCAUAUCUAGAGAUACUACCACAUCACAAGACAGAAUGUUAUCCACUGUUUCUUCCACAACAUUACUAGAAAUAACAAGCCAACAGGAUAUUACUACGACACCAGUGGAAAUUCCUACUACACCAUCAGACAUAACCACAAAAGUCCAAGACACAACCAGCACAAUGUCACAUGAAACUAUGAAAUCACAAGAAACAGCCACUACAUUUGUAGGUACUACUGAAUCAAAACAAGACAUAAGCACUACAACUACUAGCACAGUGUCAACAACAAAAGAAACAACAAUGAUAACAUCGGGAGAAACAAAAGAAUUUACUUCAGAGGGAAUGUCGGGGAAGACUACAGAUGAAACUGAGGGAACAAUAACAAUAUCAACCAAAGAAACUACAGGGGCGCCAACUACAACAGAGGGAACAAUACAAGAUACUACAAAGAAGGACACUGAGGUGACACUUUCAUUAGAAAACACUGAGGCUACAACAGGGGUCACCGAGAUAACAAAAGAGGAAACUGCGAUAUCAAGGCAAACUACAACUGAAACAACUAUGGUUGCUACAGGAUUAGCAACAGGAGAAACUACAUUGUUAACAAGUUCAUUAACAACAGCAGUAACAUCAGGAGAAACUACAGGGGUUACACCAGGAGAAACAACAACAGUCACAAUUCUAGCAACAACAGGUGUAACAUCAGGACUAACUACGGGGCUAACAUCAGUAGAAACAGUAGGGUUAACAUCAGACAUGACCACAGGAAAAACAACUAAAGCAACAACAGUGCUAACAGGAUCAACAACAGAGGUAACAUCAGAGCAAGCUACAGGGGUAACAACAGAAGCAACUACAGGAAUAACAAGGGCUGUGACUUCCGUACUGAUAUCAGAAGAAACUACAGGGGUAACAACUAUAGCAACAACAGGGCUACCAUCAGAAGAAACUACAGGGGUAACAACAGCAUCAUUGACAAAGGUAACAUCAGGGCAAACUAUAGGGAUAAUAUCAGAAGAAACAACAGCAGUCACAACAGCAGACACUACAGGGGAAACACCAAGAGAAACAACAGCAGUCACAACAGGAUUGAUAUCAGGGCAAACUACAGGGUUAACAACUACAGCAACAGCAGGGGUAACAUCAGGACAAACCACAGGGGUAACAUCAAUAACUGGGGUAACAUCAGGGCAAACUACAGGGGUAACAACAUCAUCAACAACAGGGGUAAUAUCAGGGCAAACUACAAGGGUAACAUCUGCAGAAAUACCAGGUAUAACAUCAGGGAAAACUACAGGGGUAACAACUAUAGCAGAAACAGGGCUAACAACAGCUACAACAACAGGGGUAACAUCAGAUGAAACUAUAGGGGUAACAACUGGAGUAACAACAGGGAAAACAACAGGGGUAACAAGUUCAGCAACAACAGAAUUAACAUCAGGGCAAACUAUAGAGGUAACAAAUAUAGCAACAAAAGAGCUAACAACAGCAUUAACAACAGGGGUAACAUUAGGGAAAACUACAGGGGUAACAACUGCAGUAAUAACGGGGGUAACAUCCGAAGACAUUACAGGGGUAAUAACAGCAGUAACAUCAGGACAAACUACAGGGGUAACAACUAUAGCAACAACCGGACUAGCAAGAGCAUCAACUACAGGGGUAACAACUGCAGGAAUAACACCAGAAGAAACUACAGGGGUAACAACUGCACUAACAACAGGGGUAACAUCAGAAGAAACUACAGGGGUAACAACUGCACUAACAACAGGGGUAACAUCAGAAGAAACUACAGGGGUAACAACUGCACUAACAACAGGGGUAACAUCAGAAGAAACUACAGGGGUAACAACUAUAGCAACAACAGGAUUAACAGAAUCAGCAACUGGGGUAAUAUCAGUACAAACUACAGAGGUAACAACUGCAGUAACAUCAGAAUUAACACAAGGACAAACAACACAGGUGGCAACUAUAGAAACAACAGGAUUAACAUCAGGGCAAACUACAGGGGUAACAACUGCAGCAAUAACAGGAAUAACAUCAGGGCAAACAGCGGGGGUAACAACUGCAGCAAUAACAGGAAUAACAUCAGAUGAAACUACAGGUGUAACAACUGCAGUAACAUCAGGACAAGCUACAGAGGUAACAACUAUAGCAACAACAGGACCACCAACAGCAUCAACAUCAGGGGUAACAUCAGGGCAAGUUACAGGGGUAACAACAGCAGUAACAACAGGGGUAACAUCAGAAGAAACUACAGGGGUAACAACUGCACUAACAACAGGGGUAACAUCAGAAGAAACUACAGGGGUAACAACUGCACUAACAACAGGAGUAACAUCAGGGCAAACUACAGGGGUAACAACUGCAGCAAUAACAGGAAUAACAUCAGAUGAAACUACAGGUGUAACAACUGCAGUAACAUCAGGACAAGCUACAGAGGUAACAACUAUAGCAACAACAGGAUUAGCAACAGCAUCAACAACAGGGGUAACAUCAGGGCAAGUUACAGGGGUAACAACAGCAGUAACAACAGGGGUAACAUCAGGGCAAGUUACAGGGGUAACAACAGCAGUAACAACAGGGGUAACAUCAGGGCAAGUUACAGGGGUAACAACAGCAGUAACAACAGGGGUAACAUCAGAAGAAACUACAGGGGUAACAACUGCACUAACAACAGGGGUAACAACUAUAGCUACAACAGGACUAGCAACAGCAUCAACAACAGGGGUAACAUCAGGGCAAGUUACAGGGGUAACAACAGCAGUAACAACAGGGGUAACAUCAGAAGAAACUACAGGGCAAUAAAAUGCACUAACAAAUAGGGGUACAUCAGAAGAAACUACAGGUAAUAAAUUAUAUAAAUAACGGACACAUCACCACAGGGGUAACAAAUUGCAGUAACAUCAGGACAAGCAUGAGGUACUCACCAUAGCAACAACAGGGGAUUAGCAACAGCAUCAACAAAUAGGGGUAACAUCAGGUGUGUUGUGUAACAACUGCACUAACAACAGGGGUAACAUCAGAAGAAACUACAGGGGUAACAACUGCACUAACAACAGGGGUAACAUCAGAAGAAACUACAGGGGUAACAACUAUAGCAACAACGGGAUUAACAUCAGGGCAAACUACAGGGGUAACAACUGCAAUAACAUCAGGACAAGCUACAGGGGUAACAACUAUAGCUACAACAGGACUAGCAACAGCAUCAACAACAGGGGUAACAUCAGGGCAAGUUACAGGGGUAACAACAGCAGUAACAACAGGGGUAACAUCAGAAGAAACUACAGGGGUAACAACUGCACUAACAACAGGGGUAACAUCAGAAGAAACUACAGGGGUAACAACUAUAGCAACAACGGGAUUAACAUCAGGGCAAACUACAGGGGUAACAACUGCAAUAACAUCAGGACAAGCUACAGAGGUACCAACUAUAGCAACAACAGGAUUAGCAACAGCAUCAACAACAGGGGUAACAUCAGGGCAAGUUACAGGGGUAACAACAGCAGUAAAAACAGGGGUAACAUCAGAAGAAACUACAGGGGUAACAACUGCACUAACAACAGGGGUAACAUCAGAAGAAACUACAGGGGUAACAACUAUAGCAACAACAGGAUUAACAGAAUCAGCAACUGGGGUAAUAUCAGUACAAACUACAGAGGUAACAACUGCAGUAACAUCAGAAUUAACACAAGGACAAACAACACAGGUGACAACUAUAGAAACAACAGGAUUAACAUCAGGGCAAACUACGGGGGUAACAACUGCAGCAAUAACAGGAAUAACAUCAGAUGAAACUACAGGGGUAACAACUGCAGUAACAUCAGGACAAGCUACAGAGGUAACAACUAUAGCAACAACAGGAUUAGCAACAGCAUCAACAACAGGGGUAACAUCAGGGCAAGUUACAGGGGUAACAACUGCAGUAACAACCAUGGUAACAUCAGAAGAAACUACAGGGGUAACGACUGCACUAACAAUAGGGGUAACAUCAGAAGAAACUACAGGGGUAACAACUGCACUAACAAUAGGGGUAACAUCAGAAGAAACUACAGGGGUAACAACUAUAGCAACAACAGGAUUAACAGAAUCAGCAACUGGGGUAAUAUCAGUACAAACUACAGAGGUAACAACUGCAGUAACAUCAGAAUUAACACAAGGACAAACAACACAGGUGGCAACUGUAGAAACAACAGGAUUAACAUCAGGGCAAACUACGGGGGUAACAACUGCAGCAAUAACAGGAAUAACAUCAGGGCAAACAGCGGGGGUAACAACUGCAGCAAUAACAGGAAUAACAUCAGAUGAAACUACAGGUGUAACAACUGCAGUAACAUCAGGACAAGCUACAGAGGUAACAACUAUAGCAACAACAGGACCAGCAACAGCAUCAACAACAGGGGUAACAUCAGGGCAAGUUACAGGGGUAACAACAGCAGUAACAACAGGGGUAACAUCAGGGCAAGUUACAGGGGUAACAACAGCAGUAACAACAGGGGUAUCAUCAGAAGAAACUACAGGGGUAACAACUGCACUAACAACAGGGGUAACAUCAGAAGAAACUACAGGGGUAACAACUGCACUAACAACAGGAGUAACAUCAGAAGAAACUACAGGGGUAACAACUAUAGCAACAACGGGAUUAACAUCAGGGCAAACUACAGGGGUAACAAUAGCAUCGGCAACUGGUUUAUCAGAAGAAACUACAGGGAUAACAAUUGCAGCAACGACAGGAUUAACAUCAGGGCAAACUACAGGGGUAACAACUAUAGCUACAACAGGAUUAACAUCAGGGCAAACUACAGGGGUAACAGCUAUAGCAACACCACGAUUAACAUCAGUGCAAACUACAGGGGUAACAACUAUGGCAACAACAGGGCUAACAAUAGCAUCGACAACUGGUUUAUCGACAGGGAUAACAAUUGCAGCAACAACAGGAUUAACAUCAGGGCAAACUACAGGGGUAACAACUAUAGCAACUACAGGGCUAACAGCAUCAACAACAGGGCUAACAACAGCAUCAGCAACAGGGUUAACAUUAGAAGAAACUACAGGGGUAACAACUAUGGCAACAACAGGGCUAACAAUAGCAUCGACAACUGGUUUAUCGACAGGGAUAACAAUUGCAGCAACAACAGGAUUAACAUCAGGGCAAACUACAGGGGUAACAACUAUAGCAACAACAGGAUUGACAUCAGGGGAAACUACAGGGGUAACAACUAUAGCAACACCAGGAUUAACAUCAGGGCAAACUACAGGGGUAACAGCUAUAGCAACACCAGGAUUAACAUCAGGACACAGUACUGGGGUAACAACUUCAGUAACAACAGGGGUACCUUUAGAAGAAACUGCAGUGCUAAGAUCUAUAGCAAAAACAGGAUUAACAUCAGGGCAAACUACAGCAACACCAACUAUAGCAACAACAGGAUUAACAUCAGGGGAAACUACAGGGGUAACAACUAUAGCAACUACAGGGCUAACAGCAUCAACAACAGGGCUAACAACAGCAUCAGCAACAGGGUUAACAUCAGAAGAAACUACAGGGGUAACAACUAUAGUAUCAACAGGGGUAACAUCAGGACAACGUACAGGGGUAACAACUGCAAUAACAUCAGGAUUAACAUCAGGGCAAACUGCUAGGGAAACAACUAUAACAACAACAGGGAUAACAUCAGAAGAAACAACAGGGAUAAAAAAUGCAGGAAUUACAUCAGGACAAACUUCAGGGGUAACAACUACAGUAACAUCAGGAUUAACAUCAGGACAAACUACAGGGAUAACAACUGCAGUAACAUCAGGACAAACUACAGGGAUAACAACUGCAGUAACAUCAGGAUUAACAUCAGGACAAACUACAGAGGUAACAUCAGAAAAAACUACAGGGGUAACAACUGCAGUAACAUCAGUUUUAACAUCAGGGCAAGCUACAGGGGUAACAUCAGAAAAAACUACAGGGGUAACAACUGCAGAAACACCAGGGGUAACAUCAGGACAAUCUACAAGGGUAACAACAUGGGUAACAUCAGAAGAAACUACAGGAGUAACAACUGCAGAAACACCAGGGGUAACAUCAGGACAAUCUACAGGGGUAACAACUAUAGCAACACCGGGAAUAACAUCAGGACAAACUACAGGAGUAACAACUAUAACAACAACAGGGUUAACAUCAGGACAAACUACAGAGGUAACAACUAUAGCAACAUCAGGAAUAACAUCAGGACAAACUGCAGGGGAAACAACUAUAGCAACAACAGGGGUAACAUCAGAAGAAACUACAGGAAUAACAACUGCAGCAAUAACAGGAUUAACAUCAGGGCAAGCUACAGGGGUAACAACAGGGGUAACAUCAGGGCAAACUAUAGGGGUAAAAACAGGGGUAACAUCAGGGCAAACUAUAGGGGUAACAACAGGGGUAACAUCAGGGAAAACUACAAGGGUAACAACAGGGAUAACAUCAGAAGAAACUACAGGGGUAACAACUAUAGCAACAGCAGGAUUAAUAUCAGGGGUAGCAUCAGAGAAAACUACAGUGGUAACAUCCGGGGUAACAUCAGAAGAAACUACAGGUGUAACAACUAUAGCAACAGCAGGAUUAACAUCAGGGCAAACUAAAGAGGUAACAACUAUAGCAACAACAGGAUUAACAUCAGGACAAACUACAGAGUUAACAACUGUAGUUAUAUCAGGAUUAACAUCAGGGCAAAUUACAGGGGAAACAACUAUGGCAACAGCAGGAUUAACAUCAGGACAAACUACAGAGGUAACAACUACAGUAACAUCAGGAUUAGCAUCAGGGCAAGCUACUGGGGUAACAAGAGGGGUAACAUUAGAAAAAAUUAUAGGGGUAACGACUGAAGAAACAACAGGGGUAACAUCCGGGGUAACAUCAGAAGAAACUACAGGGGUAACAACUAUAGCAACAGCAGGAUUCACAUCAGGGCAAACUACUGGGGUAACAACUAUAGCAACAACAGGGGUAACAUCAGAAGAAACUACAGGGGUAACAACUGCAGUAACAACAGGAAUACUAUCGGGGCAAAUUUCAGAGGUAACUGCUAUAGCAACAACAGGGCUAACAGCUUUAACAACAGAGGUAACAUCAGGGAAAACUACAGGGGCAACAAAUAUAGCAAAAACAUCAACAACAGGUGGAACAUCAGAGCAGACUGUAUGGGAAACAACAGGAGAAAUAAAAGCAGUCACAACUACAGCUACCACAGGGGUAACAUCAGGAGACACUACAGGGGUAACAUUGGAAGUAACUACAGGGAAAACCAGUGCAGCUACUACGGUGGUAACAUUAGGAAAAACUACAGGGGAAAAAACUAUGGCAACAACAGGGCAAAAAUCAGAAGAAACUACAGGGGUAACAACUAUAGUAACAGCAGGAAUAACAUCAGGGCAAACUACAGGGGUAACAACUAUAGCAACAAUAGGGAUAACAUCAGGAGACACUAUAGGCGAAAUAUCAGAACAAACUUCAGGGGUGACAACUACAGCUACCACAGGGGUAACAUCGAUGCAAACUACAGGGGUAACAUCAGGAGAAACAACAGCAAUCACAACUACAGCUACCACAGGGGUAACAUCAGGAGACACUACAGGGGUAACAACUAUAGCAACAACAGGGGUAGCAUCAGGGCACUCUAUGGGGGUAAUAACUGCAGUAACAACAGGAAUAACAUCAGGGAAAAAUACAGGGGUAACACUUAUAGCAACAACAGGGGUAGUAUCAAGGCAAAGCAGUGGAGAAAUGUCAGUAGUCACAAAAUCUUCAAAAGAAACUACAGGAGUAACCACUGCAGCAACAACAAGUCUAACAUCCAGGCAACCUACAGGGGUAACAACUGCAGCUACAACAGGGAUAACAUCAAGACAAAGUACAGGGGUAUUAGCUGGAGAAACCAAAGGGGUAACAAUUUUAGUAACAGGAGGGAUAACAACUGGACAAAUAACAGGAGAAACACUGGGGCAAAUUACCAGGAUUAGCAAUCAGGCUAUACUAAGAGAACGAGGAAAGGCAACAAAUAGUACAACAACAGGGGGUACGGAUGGAAAAACUACAAGUGUAAAAAAUGCAUUUUUAACAACAAAAAUCAAAGCAGCAUCUAUAGUGACUAGAAUGGAAAGUUCAAUGACAGUGACACCAACUGGAUCUGUUACAAAUUGCACAACUCAACAAUGUAAAACUGCAGGCACAACCAAAGAACUACACCAGACAACGCAUUCCACAGCUAUAAAUCCGUCUACUGAGCCAGUUCAUGCACUGAAUACCUCUAUCCAAACAACCACUGCAAGGAUAAACUCUACUACAGCCAUAUCAACAAAUAACAUACCAGGUAAGGUUCGUAAAGCAAAUAAGCCAUAUUGUAGCAAUUUCUACCACAUUAAUACAUGUUAUCUAAUAAACCCAUCAUUUAAUAAACAAUGCUUUAUGUGUCUAGUUAAGGAUAAACUCUACUGAGGUUUUGGAAUAACUCUACAUGUUUCUCUGUUUUUUUAUUGCAAGUCACACGUGAUACGAGGACGGAAAUGGGAUUUCCUUAACUAUUACGUGAUAUGUUCCUGAUGUAAAGAUGUGUUUUAUAUCUAUAUAUAAUGCAACCUGUGUAUCGCUUAAUGGCUGUAUAAAUAUACAGCUGUAUUCCAAAUAGGAUUUAAACAAAACAAAUUAUUUGAGCAUUCAAAACUUUUAGCUUGCCCCUUUGUCAGGGGCAGAUCCAGAACCAAAUCUUGGGAGGGGUACUUGGAGAUUAUUUACAGACACAAUCCAGGCACAAUAACCACUACAGCUCUCUGUAUAGGUUAUGGUUCCAGGAGUGUCGUGGUGUCCUCCCAGAGUAAGCAGUCAAACCAUUUAAGAACCGUUUGACAACUUACCUGGGGUCUGCCGGGAUAUGGCCUGUAGCAGGGGAUAGGGUGUGUGUGCAAAUUAUGCAAUGUGUGUGUAGUGUGUGUGUGUGAGGGGUGCACUGUGUGUAUGAGAGUUGAAAUGUCUCUGUGUGGAUGGGGCAGUAUGUGUGUGUGUGAGUGGAACAGUGUGUGUAUGGCGGGCAGUGUUAGUAUGGAGGGCAGUAUGUGUGUGUGUGCGAGGGGGCAGUGUGAGUAUGGAGGGCAGUGUUAGUAUGGAGGGCGAUGUGUGUAUUGAGGGCAGUGUGUGUGUGUGUCUGAGGUGCAGUGUGUGCCAGUGUGUGUAUACGGGGGCAGUAUGUGUGUGUGUGUGAGGGGUGCAGUGUGUGUGUGUGAAGGGGGCAGUGUGUGUGUGUAUAGGGGCCAGCGUGUGUGUAUGGGGGCAGUAUUUUAGCAUGUGUUAGGGGGGCAUCGCAUAUGGUGGCAGUAUGUGUGUGUGGCGGGACCGCUGCCUAAUUAAGAAUUGCCUUGUUGUAUAUGUGUGGAUGUACCUUCCUAGAAUGUGUGUUUCCCCUUCUAAUAUUCCUCUUUCUGUAGUUUUGACCAUAAAUUCCUGCAAUAUACCUUUUGACCACCCGGGGGCGCUUGGGUGUAUCGGACCACCCCGAUACCCAACUUAGAACAUUUAGUCAGAAUGUUCAGACCUCACUAGUGAGAUGUGAAAAUUGCAGACCGCAAGGGAACGAACGGCGCGUGCUUCCCCUGGGUGGCCGCCGGUUCGUAUCACUGAACGCCCACCAGGGGGAGCAUCCGGCUCCCGAACCGGCCUGCAUGCACUGUCUUUGAUUGCGGUGUCAGAGAUCAUCCUACCUGCUCCUAACAGAGCUAUAAUCACUUGCCACUCUCAAACCUAGGAGCUAUGAGGCUAGGCUUGUGGCUACCCAGGCGAACGCUCUCUUUGGCAGAUACCUGAGUGCAGGUAUCCACCGGAGAGGGGGUCACGUGCCAGCACGGAAUCCCUGGGGCUGUAGGUCGGUCUCACAGCCACAGGGUUCCUGCUGGCUGCAUGGAAGUCCGUGCCGCCCAAUGGGAGAAGGAGCGCCCAUUCAAACAGGGUUUGCGCCUUUCUCCUGGUUGGUCGGCGUGAGUAAAGCGCUGAUUGGUUGCUGCAGGGAGCAGGCAACCAAUCCGAGGAGGUAAGCUUGUUCAAAUGGGGUUUCCAGCCCUUCCUUUUGAUUGGGCGGCAAAGCCCCUCUCGUCCCUGGUUGCUGCAAAUAGGUUUUGCACCUUUCAGCCGAUUGGUGGCAUCAGGUUUUGCGCCCUAUCUUCUGAUUGGGCCGCAAAACCCCUCUCCUCCCCGAGCACCGAUUGGUGCAGCAUAGAUUUGCGCCCUUUCUUCGGAUUGGGCUGCGAAACUCCUUCCUCCCCCCAACGCAGAUUGGUGUGAUUUGGUUUGCGCCCUUUCAGCUGACUGGUUGUUGGUUGGUUUAGGCACGAAGUUUGAAUUAGCCAGACUAAACCAAGCAACACCAUGGAACUAAUUUCGGGGAUGUACAGAGCCUUGACCCCCAGACUUUGAUGCUGAUUUCUCUCUGUACAUCCGAUCACUCUGCUUUUUGCAGGGAUCCGAGGGGGAACCUUGGGCUAUUUAUCUAAAGUAUAAAGUGUAAUCCUGUACUCCCUUCCCAUCCCGGGACACCGAGCCCCAAAGUUCACCCCCUGUAUGUAAUGUGUACUCCCUGUGUCCUGUUAGUAUCUCCCAGAGUGGGAGAUGGUUAUCUGUUCCUGCAUGAGAUUGUGUUCUGUUGGAUAGAGGCCUCCUGAGGGGCUCUGUGCAUAAAAAGCUGUGGUACCCUGGAACUGUGUCCCAUCCAGUUACUGGGGAAAUGGGUCUGUGUGUGUGUGUGUGUGUGUGAGGGGGGCAGUGUGUAUGGGGGCAGUAUAUGUGUGUGUGAAGGGAGCAGUUUGUGUAUGGGGGCAGUAUGUGUGUGUGUGUGUGAGAGGUGCAGUGUGGGGGUCAGUACAUGUGUGUGUGAGGGAGCAGUAUGUGUGUAUGGGGACAGUAUGUGCAUGGGGCAGUGUGUGUGUGGGGGGCAAUAUGUGUGUGUGUGAAGGGGCAGUGUGUGUAUGGGGGCAGUAUGUGUGUGUGUGUGUGUGGGAGGGGCAUUGUGUGCUUUGGGGGGAGGGGCAGUGUGUGUGAAUGUGUAGCUUAAAGCAAAUAAAUAAAUAUAUAUAUAUAUAUAUAUAUAUUGAAAUAAUACUAAUACCUUAUACCCCCCCUGAAAUUCCUGGUGGUCCAGUGGGAAGUGAACUCUAACCUGCAGCUCCUGAGGCUAGAUUUCACUCUCGCAAGAUUCGGGGCAUUGCCAUGGUAACUGCGACAACACUCUGUGCUUGUGAGAGGAGGACCUGGAGGAGCUGAAGGUUAGAGCUCCCGGAUUCUCUCUCCUCCAUCCCCUGCUGUCUGUUAUCAAUGUACCUGCAGGCUGUUGAGGGAGAUCUCUGUUCUUCCUACCGGUCCGUGAAGGCACAUAGUAGGGCCGGCGUUGGAUAGUUGCCCAACUUCCACCCUGGAUUCGCCACUGCUCUUUGUCAUGUUCCCCAGGUUCAAAGUAAAUUGAAUUGUAAUGCAGAAGGUAUUAUCCUCAACUAAAAACAAUGCUCUUUUUAAAAAAAAAUUAUCCAUUUGGUACAGACUCCUUAGCAGUAAUCAUUUUUAAACACCUUCUAUCCUAGAGUUAAGUUAAGGCCAGGGACUAAUGAAAGUAUUUAGAAUAUUGGGCAGACUAAAUGGGCCGAAUGGUUCUUAUCUGCCGUCACAUUCUAUGUUACUAUGUAUGUCAGUUGACAAAAAAAGCUGAAAUGUAUGCAGUCUGAGACUUCCUAAAAUGCUAGGUCUUCUUCGGGCAUUUGUGUGGGCGAAUGUGUUAUUGAGAAGGAGAAAAUCCCUUGUAAUAUUUGUUGAAAUUUCAUCUGAUUAUGAUAUGUCGUUUUAGGUCUGCUCAUUGAUUAUCUGUCUUUUUAACACGUUUGAAGGAAUGUAAAAGACUUUUCAAACGUCAAACCAUUGAAAUAGUAAAUUUUCAUUAUAGCUAAAACAUCUUCAAGUAUACUGUUCACCUGUUUUCCUUUUUAAUGUUCUGCAGCACUUUUGAAAGACUUUAUCAACUGGGAAAUUAUUCUGACCUGCCUGGCAGUGAUAUUUGGGACGAUAUUGCUUUUACUCCUGUGCUGUCUAGUAAGUUUCUUUCUUUCUCUAUAGUAUGUCAAAAAGUAUUGUUGAUUGGAAAUUAAAGGUCCAAUACAAGUUAACCUUGGGGGCAAGAAGUGGUUGCAAAUAUUUGCCUGCACCAGGAUGGACAGACUUAUAGCUCCAUCUGUCUGUGUUAACCUGCUCAAGAGGAGCAGACUCAAAGCUCCUUCUGUCUGUGCAACUGUGCAGAAUAGGGACAGACUCAAAGCACCAUCUUUCUGUGUAACUCUGCAGGGGAGGGACAGAUUCAAAGCUCCUAAUGUAUUUGUAAAUCUGCAGGAAAGCGACAUACUCAUAGCUCCUCCUGUCUGUGUAACUCUGCAGGGGAGGGACAGACUCAUAGCUACCCUGUCUGUGUAACUCUGCAGGGGAGGUACAGACUCAUAGUUACUCCUGUCUGUGUCAUCCUGCAGGAAAGCGACAUACUCAUAGCUCCUCCUGUCUGUGUAACUCUGCAGGGGAGGGACAGACUCAUAGCUACUCCUGUCUGUGUAAUCCUGCAGGAGAGGGACAUAAUCCUUGCUCCUUCUGUCUGUGUGGAUCUACAGGGGAGGGACAGACUCCUAGCUCCUAAUGUAUUUGUAAAUCUGAAGGAGAGGGACAGACUCGUAGCUACCCUGUCUGUGUAACUCUGCAGGGGAGGUACAGACUCAUAGCUCCUCCUGUCUGUGUAACUCUGCAGGGGAGGGACAGACUCAUAGCUACUCCUGUCUGUGUAAUCCUGCAGGAGAGGGACAGAAUCCUUGCUCCUUCUGUCUGUGUGGAUCUACAGGGGAGGGACAGACUCCUAGCUCCUAAUGUAUUUGUAACUCUGCAGGAGAGGGGCAUACUCAUAGCUCCUCCUAUAUCUAAAAGAUCUACAAUAUAAAUGUCAUAUGUAGUGUAAUAACGUUAAAACACCAUAAAAGUAGGAACAAAUGUGGACUAUUGCACUCACAAAUGUUGGUUUUAAGCAGGCAGGAAAUAUAUAAACUCUCUGUAUACGGAGUCAGUCAGUGUGUCGAAUCACCAUGUUCCUCAGUAGUACACAGAUAGGAAAAUAAAGUGGCAAAUAUAGUGCAACACUGUUAUGUACUAAAAGCUAUAACUUUAAUAAUAUUGAACUUACAUAUUUCCAAAAAACCCAAGGCACAUCAAGAUAUACAUCUGGAGAGGUCCACGGCAACACUGGAAUUUUCCCAAGCGUAGUUCCCAAAGUAGUUCUCUUGGGGAAUCUCAGCGUGUAGCGACCACACUAAUGAACACCAGCAUACAAUAUAAUAAAUAAAAGUAAUAAACUGAAUAAAAACUCCACGCGUUUCGACCACCAGUGCGUGGACUUCCUCAUGGGGGUAAUAGUUAUGAUUUCAAAGUCUGGAUAAAACCAUCUUGCCGGCGGUACUUUAAAUAUCCUGACCGGCUCCUCCCACGAACCGCUCUCGGCCAAUCCGCCCACAGUUUAAGAGCUGUCCCAGGUUGUAUGUCAAUUUCCUGAUUCAUGGACUCCAAGCCUCAGCCUGGAUUUGUGAAGUGUAUCCGUUUCCGGCUGUCAUCUUGAGAGUCCAGAAACUUGCGUUCCACCUUCGUUUCUCAAAUGUCCACAAAAUCACCAUAGUAUUAAUAUAUAAAGAAUAAAAAAGGAAAUAUAUCGAUUACCAUUCUUAAUAUGAAAAGGUUACAUCGUCAUAAAAAUAUAAAAAUUCUUUCAUAUAAAAUAUAAAAAAGAAAUUUACCAUCAGAAUCAUGCACAGAUAUAAAAGAAGACCAUUGUAAAUCAAAUAUGUUUUAUAGAACAUCAUGACAAAGAAUGGAGAAGGUACAAGAAAAAAGUAAAAAAAAAUAAAAAAAAAAUAAUAAUAAUAUAAAAAGUAUAAUUUUUUUUUAAAAACUAACAAUAUAAAAAGUAUUUAAGAUAUAUAAAAAGCAUAAUAUAUGGAUGAAAAAAAUCCAUGUAAGUCUACAUAUACAAAUAUAAAGGAAUAAAAUCAUAAGCGAGGAAAGAACAGAGAUUACAAUAAACAAAGAGCAAGAGAAGCAGGUAUUUUCCUGAUCUCUAAUGCUAGUUUAAAUCUAGAAGCAAUCCAAGUUCUGAAAAAGGGUCUAAAAUAUGCCCCUAGUCAAAAUGCUAACCCUUUUAAUCCUUUUAUAGACACAAAUAAAUUUGCUCGAAAAUUAUCCCUUAAAAGUUUUUCAUUAAAAAGGAAAAGGAAAAUGUAGCUAAUGAUCAACCUAGUAUAACAUCAAGAACUCCAGUUAGGUUUAAACCUCAACCCAGCUUUUGUCCAAGUGAGAAGGGAAGCCAAAUAGAGGCAUUUGUUAAAAUGGUGAAUAAAGAUUGUGAAGGGAUUCCAUCACUUGGUCCGUCAAAAUAGUAGUUUUUUUGUAUAUUUGUAGGUUAACUGUAUGACCCUCAUUCGGUUACCAAACAAAGACCACCCAGAGCCUCAUUAUAACAUGGAACACUGAGUAUCCAGUACGAAAAGCACAACGCUCUGUGUGGCAGCCAUUUCGUGCAGCCGAAAGCAUGUGGUCGACAGAAUGGAUGGCGGACCACCACAAACAUAUUAGUCAACUGAAUUUUAGAAAUAAACGUUUUAACUUUAAAAAUUUAAGGAAAAGGGAUGAUAUCUUAAUCAAAGGUGUGGACAAGGGAGCAGGAAUUGUGAUGAUGCCUGUGGAUUCUUACUUACAAGAAGCAUAUAGAAUAUUAAAUGACGAAGUAACAUACAAAAAAUUGACUGAGAAUCCCAAUCUAAAUUUUAAUGGGCAAUUAAAAAAAAAUGUUAAUGACAUAUAGAUAAAAUGAGGAGAUUGAAAAAACAACAACAUUUUCUUUUCUAUAUGUAGAUUUUCCCAGGAUCCCCACUUUUUAUUUCCUCCUCAAAGUCCACAAGUCUGUUGAACAGCCGGACGGUAUUAUUAUUAUUUUAUUUUUUUAUUUAGCGCCAGCAAAAUUCCAUAGCACUGUACAAUGGGUGGACUAACAGAUGCAUAAUUGUAACCAGACAAAUAGACGCAAAGGAUCAGAGGGGUUGAGGGCCAUGCUCAAUGAGCUUACAUGCUAGAGGGAGUGGGGUAUAGUGACACAAAGGGUAUAAGUAGGGGUAAUAAAAUAGCUUGCUAGAAAAGUAUUCACUGGGAACUUAACCCCUAAAGGACACAUGACGUGUGUAACAUGUCGUGAUUCCCUUUUAUUCCAGAAGUUUGGUCCUUAAGGGGUUAAUAGGUUAUUUUUGACAGUUGCAGGAGAGGAGUCAUUGGGGGAGGGGGAAGAACAUCCACUAACAGUUUAUAUGAGAUGCUUUCAUGAAGAAGUGGGUUUUCAAAGAUUUUUUGAAGGAGUGGAGACUGAGUGAAAGUCUAACGGAGAAGGGAAGGGAGUUGCACAGAAAAGGUUCAGCCCUGAAAAAGUCUUGGAGGCGAGCAUCAGAUGUGGGAGUAUUGACAGAGCAUAGAUGUACAUCUUCAGCAAUGCGCAGGGGCCUCUAUGGGACAUACUUGUGUAUUAGGGAGGAUAAGUAGGUUGGAGCAACAUUAAUUAGGGACUUGUAAGCAAGUACCGGAAUUUUAAAUUGAGCCCUAUAUCUAACUGGAAGCCAAUGUAGCGCCUGACAGAGGGGGAGACGUGGGAGGUGCGGGCAGACAGGAAAAUGAGCCUUGUCACUGUGGCGAAACCGACCUCGCCACUGGGCAUUGGAGAAGACUGAUUGCCAGCCUCCUGCCAUGUGACUAUGGCCCCUGGGAUGUAUUGCCCUUUAAAGACAUGAUUUGGGCAUAAUGGAUUUGUGUUGUGCUGCUGCCGGCCCUUUAACAACCAUCUGGGGACAUACUGUGGAGUUACUGGGUGGCCUCCAUUUCCUGUAUCAGAGGCACAUGGUGAGAACAAUGGAUGAAGCACAUGGUGAGAACAAUCGAUGGUGGCCAUUUUAACUCACAGACACUGUUUGGACUUUUCAACACGUUGCCUUCUCGCCUGUAUUUGGACUAUACAGCAGGGGACACAUUAUACAGUGAUUGUUUUUCAUUUAGCCUGUAUAUGUUCUGCAGAAUCUGCAUUAAACUGUAUCUUCCAAAGAACUGAAUGGAUCUGGGUGAAUUUUGGAUAUGUGGUUCACCCAGAUCCCCCGGUUCCAAGGAUAUACGGGGUUAUUGCUUGUGUUGGGGUCCCUGUGAUGUAUUUUAUGAAACUGUAUUUCUCUGUCUGUGAUAAUUAGAUUACCCAUUGUGUAAAGUAAUUGUAUCACAGGCAGAGGGGAGGAUUUUGUGUGGGAGUGUCUGAGUGUAUUGUACGUGUUAUUGGUUGUUCUGUAAAACCCUGUGGGCAGUACUAAGUUUGUGGAUUGGGAAUAAAAGAGGCUGUAUGUGCCAGUCCAGUCAGUUCCUGCUUAACCCUCAAAGUGAAGUGUCGUCUCAUUAUUGAGGAAGGAUUUAUUGUAUGCUGUUCCAGUUUGACUGCUAGGAGUGUAAACCUAUUCGCAUGUUUUUUUUCCUAUUCGGCUGUAUACAACAUUCAUAUGCUCCUACGGUUCGGUUGUUUUGGUGUCUGCUGCAGUGCUUGGAGUCCUCAGGAAGUGCUACCCAGUCGGGGUGCCAGGUGAUCCGUUACAGUCACCGCGUUCAUAACAGAUUGCAACGGUACAAUCUGGGAACACAUAAGACCACUGAGAAGGGGAUUGCAGUAGUCAAGAUGAGAAAGAACAACGGCAAGAACCAGCACCUUAGCCGUGUCUGGUGUUAAGCUAUGCGAGCUAUGUUUUUGAAUUGUAAGCGGCAGGAUUUGGCGAUUGAAUGGACAUGAGGGGUAAGGGAGAGGUCAGAAUCAAAGAGAACACCUAGGCAGUGAGCCUGCGAGGUAGAGGUGAUGGUGGCACCGUUGACUUGGAGGGAGACAGACAUGGGAAUAACAGCACUUGAGGGAGGAAAGACCAGAAGUUCUGUUUUGGACAGGUUGAGUUUAAGGAGGUGAGCAGCCAUCCAAUUGAAAAUCGUGGAGAGGCAGUCAGAGACAUGAGUCAAGAUGGGCGGAGAGAGAUCAGGAGAGGACAGGUAGAUUUGUGUGUCAUCUGCAUAUAAUAUAAUGGAAGCCUAAGGAGCUGGUGAGUUUACCAAGGGAGGCGGUAUAGAUGGAGAACAGUAGGGCACCAAGGAUUGAACCUUGGGGGACACCAACAAAGAAGGUUUGGGGAGAAGGGGAAAAGCCAGAGAAAGAAAUACUGAAAAGGCGCUGGGAGAGGUAGGAGGAGCACCAGGAGAGAGAGCAGUAGACUGAGAUUAUGGAGAAUGAGAAGUAGCCAGGAAGAAAAGUGUUCAAUUAAUAGCCUAAGUAGUGGGCUUAAAUAUGCGGACAGUGUGAACUUCAAAGGAAGUAAAGGAUAGAAAAGGGGAAGGGAGAAUAGGUUGAAAGGUACAUUGAGGGGAGAGAAGGUGUAAUAGUGCAGAGGCACUAUCUUCCUGGCCAUGACUGUAAGACUACAUAUACCUCGAACAAGCUAUUCAUGCUCUAGAACAGCACACGCCAAUAGUCUAGUUAACUCACUAUAAUAAUCAGUCGAUGUCAGUCAGCCAUGGCAUAAUUUCCCACAUUCGGUCUUCCCUAAGCAUUUUGAUUUUUCACCAUACAAAUCAUAGUAGUCCCCCAUAUGGCCAGGUGUCGCAACAAACUGGAUUAAAGUAUCAUCAUUCUCAGAAUCGGGGAUAUACACUUGGUUAAACUACAUUAAUCUUAACCUGUACAAACGUUGUUUUAAUUAUAUUGUUACAUAAUAGUCAUUGGCGUUGCUUACUUCCAAUACGUUUGGAGCAGGUCACAAGGCCGGAAUUAUCAACACACGUUACGUUCCAAGUAAAUACUCUCAUUUUAGCUCAUCAUUAACAUCGCUUUUAUUACCUUAAAUUUCUGUCUUCUCCAACGUCACUACUCCCUUAUCCACCUCCGUGCUAUCCAAAUUAAUGUUAGACCAACACGGGCCCAACUAUACGAUCCCCUAACAGGCUCACAUUUCACAUACAAUAUAUAAGUUAUCAUUAUUAGAAUAUUUAUGCAUGUUAUAAGGCCAUAUUGGGUUUUUCUCGUAAUAUGCUGUUAAAUGUAUAUAUGACACUGCUAGUGCUAGUUAUUUACCCUCAUUACACGUAAGAAGUCCUUCACUACAUCUACGCUUAUGUCGAUAGAUUAGGUUCUAUAGUUCAUAUAUCACUCUACACUGUCACGCUUAUUGGGUACGCAAAACCCCUUAGUCUCGGGACGUCAAGAGAUGUGAUACUUUAUACACGAACCAUGCAUGGUCCAUCCUAGGUAGACAUUCUACCAUUUCGAUCAAUUCGCACUUUCACGCUCACUUACGUUCUUUCUCUACAUUUUCGGUCCAUAGGGAACCGACUUCUCUCACUGGUAUAGAAGUACUCCACUUGUUCUCCCUUAGAGACUUUGACUCGGCCACCCCAUCUCUUACAAUAAGGAGUCUCGUCAGGAGACCCAGAGGGUCAGCAGCAACACAACAAUGUCACUCAUAUCAUGAACACGUACGGCAACCACAACACAGCAGCUGACGCCCUCUCUCAUUCUGACCGCAACAGCACAUUUAGGGUUUCAGCAAUCACUGGCAACAAAUGGUUCAGAGAGAAAUGGCCUAUAGAAACUACAACUCUGCCAUCGUCUAAUGGUACUUCAGCCCUGUUCGAAAUAUACCCAAUAGUGUCAGCAUAAACAACAUAAAACCACUGCAUGGGCGGUAUUGUCAUACUCAAGAGACUACGCUCAACAUGAAUAUGAGUUUGUCAAGACAGUAAAACUUAUCACAACGAUGACAUCACCAGGAAAAAAAUUGUUUAAAAAAAUACAAAACAAUAUGAACAAUAACUUUGGCCAGCGUUCAUGACUAAGUGGCUAUUACAGCGAAGACCAUAAAAUGCCUCACUGACAAACACAGCAGCAUGCAAUAUCAUUAACAAAGGCAGGUCUUCUUCCCUGACAAUAAUGAGUCUAGUUAGAAGGCUCACAUGGUAAGCAGUAGUACAACAUUUCCACCUGUCCGUGAACACAUACCAGGCAGGCACAAUACAGCAACCUUUCUCGUUGCAAUCUACAGGGUUUCUAUCAAGAACAUUCUACAGCCAAGUAAAUCCCAAACAGAUCACCGCUAUUCCAGGGAACUCCUCCUGGAGUAACAACACUAAUGGCACAUGGGAGAAUGCUGGCACAAACAUCACUAUCAGCAAACACUAGACGUUCAUACAAUCGAGCACUCAUUUUAUUUAACAGAUUUACCACAGAAUAACAAAUACAAAACCCAUUCACGUUAGGUAUUAUGGUGGCUUUUACCUCUUUUUGCCACCUAAAUCUACAAUUCGCACACACUACCAUAAAACUUUAUCUAACAGGCAUACAAAAACAUGUCACUAACACAUACCCCAGCCACAGUAACAUCCUAUCAUCGAACCAAUUAAAAAAUCUUAAAAGGCAUGCUGCAUUUAGAAGGCCCCAAACCUACAAAACGAUAACCGAUAGAUGGGGAAAGGUUCAGAGCCUUAUCCGACACAUUAAACCCACAACCUCUCGUAACAGAAUCUACCAACACCUUCAAAACCACUAUGUUUCUGCCAAUUCACGGGUGUGACGGCCUAACAAGUUUACCGUAAGGAACACUAAUGACACCACCAACAUGCUCACAAUGGGAGACCUAAACAAAUAGGUGACCAUUACAAUUUGACCCUGCAUAGAUUAAAAGAAACCAAUGGGGCCACCCGUCGACAUACCGCUAUUCACCACAGACAACAAGUGGUGUCCAGUCAAAUUGCUAGAUCUAUCACUGUCAAUCCGCACAGGUCAAGAGAAGACCACUCUUCUGCUACCCUUACACGGCAACCCACUGACAAUGUCUAAAUACAUGUCAGACAUAAAAACCCAAAUCACAAAAUAGGGAGCGAUCCAUCAGCCUCGACAGGCCAUUUAUUUCGCAUAGGAGCAGCAACGGCUGCCUCAAGCAAAAAUGUACCGGCACACAUUAUUAAAAGACCGGGACGAUGGAAAUCAUUUGCUCACAAUCAAUAUAUACUACAACCAGAGAAAGAGCUAAAACAAGCCUUUCUAGAAUUAGCUAAUUUAAGUAUACAAUUGUGUUUGAAUGUAUAUUGUAAUGAUUUGUCAUGUAUUAAAGUGGCUUGGUUAAAUAUCCGUUUUGCCCUCUUUAUUUACAGGCCCGCCCGUACAUCGGUUUCGGCACACCACAACCAACUUUAGUUAAUCAUAAGGUCCAACAUCAAUACGGCUUAUUUCCCUGACCACAAAUGGGAUGGCGGAGCCUGGAGUUCUGGGAGGGGUUAAUCCAGCCUAUAUAUACUCAAACCUACCUCUAUACUGGGCUGGCGUUGGCUGGUCACCCCCCCCCCCACCACUCCCUCUAUUCAGUUAUAUCUUGGUGGGCCCUCUUUAUUUACAGGCCCGCCUGUACAUGGUUUUCGGCACAUCACAACUGACUUUAGUUAAUCAUAAGGUCUAACAUCAAUAUUUCCCUGACCACAAAUAUAUAUAUAUAUAUUUGAUAUAUAGAUCUAAGUAUAUAUUAUUUAAUUUUAAACUGUGUUUUAACUUGAUUUUAAUUUAUUUCAGGCAGCAGGGGGACUACCUGUUAUUCCAGGCACUUCCCCUGCUGGCACUGCUAUGGACGGCUACUCUGUCCAUGUGAUCAUGAGGUCCUCUCAAGGACCUCGCAAUCACAUUUCCCAGUAGGGCCGGAUCGGCAGCACUGGGACUCCCUGGGAUGCCAGGUAAGUGAAUAGGAUGGUGGGGAUUUGUUAUAACGCCCGCCGGCGUUUAGAGCCGGGUGCCUAAGGACGGCAUAGCAUGCACGCCAUCCUUGAGGGGAAUCUUUCUACAAGAUUCUGUGGAUUAUAACUCCCAUGAUCUCAGCCAGCAGUGUACCUGGUGCUUUAAUGACAUCCAUCUCUAAUCUUGCUAACGAUUGCACGUCCAAUGAUUAUGUUCACUUUUGUCCAUUACAGAUGCUAGCGAAAAAGAGGAGGCGAUCCUACGACUUGCCAUUGUACAGAAUUCACAGUGUGUCAUCUCAGCAUGAAGGGAUCACACAACCUAUAAGUUAAACUAUCACAUUUCUUCCAGUAUGGCUGGAGGUUUAACCAAGGGACCAGUUGAACAACUGUUGGGUUUUACGUUGGCCACCACUCUUUCCCUGCCUGGAUUUUCUACUACAAUUUGCUACAUUUUCUAAAAUCUAAUGUUCUGAUGAGACAGAGGAGGGUGACCACAUCAUGUAUAAAUAUGUAUAAUUAAUUUUAGCUUAUGUUAAAUAUGUAAAUAUAUUGAUGUAAUAAUUUAAAUUGGUAUUUUUGAGUAUAUGUUUGUGUGUCUGUUUUUUCUUUUUUUUUUUUGCCUAAAUCAUAGCCGUGCUACAUACAAUGCCCUUGGUUUUUAUGUAGAGCCGCAUUUUUGUUUGUUGACAUAUUUUAUUCAGAUUAUUCAAAGUUAAUUUAUACUUAAGCACAUUUAAAGGGACUCUCUGUGAAUCAAAGUGACAGUUUAUCACCAUCAAUGUUACUAUUAGUUUUUAUUUAUAAAGUGCAGCGGUUUUCCACAGUUAUUAACUUGUAUGUAGGUAAAGGGUAACUGUUUAUGGGCAUAAACCUUUAUAAUUGAUAUCCAACCAUUUAUUCCUGAAAUGUAACACAACAAACUUGCUUUGGAGUAAAUAGGC